AUGAAUCAGACAGGUUUUCUCCAGAGGACUGGCUCCUUUCUGACGCCUGCCAUGUUUCCUCCUUGCGUAAGUUCUUUCUAACAGUAGUGUGAUCCCAGCCCUAGAGGCUUGUCAUGAAUACAGAUUCUUCAGCCUCAGAGAGAAAGCAAAGGAAACAUUGUGAAAACUGAAGUUUGAGGACUGCAAAUCAUAACUGUGCUUCAUCCCCAAACUCUCAAGAAAUGUGGGUUAACGGCUCAAAGGUUGGCCCUAGGAAAAUCAGAAGAAGAUAGGCCCAUGGCUUCUUUCUCUGUCUCUCUCUUUUUUAAAAAAAAUAUGUAGUCCUACUGCAUUUAAGAAAUGAUGCAGCAAUUUCCCACUACCUGUACCAAUUGGUAAUUUGAUUUACAUUGUCUGAUGCUAUUAUAUGCUUACAGCACAAUUCUACACGUGUCUGCUCAGAGGUCAAUCCCAUUGUGUUCAAUGGAGAUUACUCACAUAGAAUCACAGCCCCUGUACAUUUUAUAUUGUCUAUGAGUUUGGAUGCUUUUGAAGUCAUAAGCCUGUCUCUCCCGUCCAUUCCCAGAUUCUGCUUCUCUCACUGAUGCAGCAGAAUGAACAAAAUUUGAAAGCAAGCUUCAAUUAGGCAAAAACAGGAUGUUUGUUGCUUUUAUUUCUUCCCCAUAGUAGAACCACACGGACUCCCUGAUGACAUUUAUCUCCAAUUUUCCACCAUUGUCCUGUUACUAAUCUUCAUACAUUUUCUGUGCUAAGAGCCACUGAUGACAACAGCAAGUGAAAUGCUAUCAAGAAACUGAACAAGGCUAUACCGCCUCCUUGUCUAUUUUCAGAUUGCACCUUCAGGCAUAACCUUGAAUACUUGGCUUGGGACUGUGUAGCUGUCAUCUAGUCGUCAUCUUCACAUAGGAGUGUAUUGUGAAUUUGCAGGUGAGGUUCUGAGCCCCCCUCACCCUGGAGCAUGCACAGACCAUCAUCAGCCUGACGACAGACUAGUACAAAUAUAGAAUAGAGAGAAAGGAACUGCUCGGGCAGAGAGAGAAAAGCCUUGGUUCAACUGCUUCUAACGCCAAAAUCCAUUUCCAGAGAUAAAGUGAGUGGGUUUUCAGAACAGGAGGUGGGAAAUUUAAGAAACAUGCAUGAACAUCGUUCCUAAAGCUUUCCUAGCUCCAAGAAAGAAAGCAGUGCAGAUGAGAAACGGUCAGGAUUUGGUGCCUCAAGAACAUGGAAAAAUUCUCUUGUCUUUCUCAUUCCUGUGUAAAACAGGAAUAGAGAAUUUGUGGUCCUUCUGAGGCCGUUGGACUCAAAUUCCAGUCAGCCCCAGUCAGCAUGCUCAAUAGUCCGGGAUGAUGGGAGAUGUACUCUAGCAAUAUCCACCCAGAGUGGUCACAGGUUCUCCUGCUGUAUAGGGAAUCUAUUUACAGCUACUUCCAGAGGAUUUUAUUGGGUGCCAGCCAGGGGUACUUAUUCAGCGCAUCUGAUGCCAUUAUAUAUACCUGCAAGCUAUAUUUGGAUAAGAGGAACCUUGCUAUAAUACAAGGAAAUAAACUAGAGGACCAUCAUGUCACCUUCAGCUGUACAUUUUUAUGAUCAAGCGCUAGGGAGGUGAGAGAGACAACUGGAAUAAUCAGAUCUAGCCAUUAAACUUCAGUCAUAGGGUGAGUCAAAGUCUGGGAACAGAGAGUGACAAAGGAAGCUCUAUUUUUGGCAUCGGAACCUCUGGGAAGGGAUUAAUAUCCACCUGUGAGCUUUUUUCGUAGAAAAACUGCUGGACAUUGCUUGUGAAACUGGCACGCAUGUGUCACACCCCCUCCCCUCCAUGUCUCCGUCUCAGCUGGUGUGUCAAUGGUACAACAUGCCCCAUGCCAAUCUUUACAUAGAUUAGUGGCAAAAUAAAAACAUAAUCCUCCCUCAUAAUGCAAGGAGGGAUUUAGGGGGAGGUGGGCGAGCUUUGCACACCUUCGGAUAUGCAAAGGGAACCUCUUGUAGCAAAACUCUGUUCCCUGAAGUAAUCGGCUCCUUCUACCCAUGUUUUAAAUGCAAGUUGGAUAUUGUGCCCCUGCCAGUGGAUUCCCGUUACUGCUACAUUACCACUAAAGUGUAUAUUUUGCAUUUCCCACCCCUGUGCCUGGGGGAAAGGCCCUCAGAUUUGAUACUCAUUUUACUAGCCCCACUCCUGUAACGAAGUGCCAAGCUCUUCCUGAGUUCUUAAAAUCUGAGAUCCCACAGCAAAUUGCACAACCUGAUUCGAAUUCGUCAUCUUUGGGAGGUAAAUAUUGUUUCUCCUCAUAUUCACGAGACAGUAGCACAAAGCUCAAAAACAUGUACUACAUCUCAGCUUCUUUAUUAACUAGAUGUACCAUCCCUAGGAAGUAGCUUUUAUAUUUGUAUGACUGAAAGUGCACUUGGCAGAAAAUCGCUAUUGAAAACCAAGGUGAAGGGCCAUCCAUAGAAUUAGUCUGAACCAAUGUACAGCUGAGGCCAGUUCUUCCGUUUUCAAGGUUUAUUAUGCCAACAUGUCCUUUGGCUGAACUCAACCCCCUGUUACAUAUGAAAUAAUAAGGGUUCUGCGAAGGUGAGUAAUUGCAGCACAAAAUGGAGGAGGCCGAGAUGCACUUCUGGGGGGCACCAAAUCCCGAGGGAGAGUGACUCACGCUCAAAACUGAUUUUAGGCUCUGUCUCCCUCAUGGGCAAACAAGAGAAGAUUAGAGGGGGGCCAGGCAGAAUCCUGUAGCAGCCUAAAGGUUCUGCAGCGGCUCAAGAAGAGAUAUAAUUAAAGACACGUUUGAUCUAUUCAUUUACUUACUUAGGGCUAGUUUACAUGUUAUCAUAGCCAUGUGGUGGUGGCCGCUUGAAGCAGCGUGUGAUUAUUGCUCCGAGCGAUUGCUGUAAUGUGCAGCCUGCUGUGUGGAGACUCUCACGGCUGGCAGUGCCAUGGAAACCCUCCGCGCAAUCAGGCAGGCCACUUUGCACGUCACAGCAGCCUUGCAGAACACCUGCAGCCGCUCCUCAGAGGGCAAGAGAUACAGGCUGGAGUUUGUUAAGUUGUGGGUGAACAUAUCAGACAACACAGUGAUUCUUCAAACAGCUCUUGUUUAUUCACAGGCCAGAACAGAACUGAACUGAAGGGUUCAGCCAGCCUGCUUAUAUAGAGCUCCACUACAACACAACUGUAACCAUUUCCUGUAACUAUCCAAUCACUGAAUGUCACUUUCAAUCCCCUAUUUGCAUAUGUGGACCUGAGUGAAAACUAUCUACAGUAUCCCCCUGCUGGCCCAGGGUGAGAACUUCAGUACAUAACAGAGUUCAUGAAAAUGUGCAUUAUCAUGAAUCUGACACAGAGCUGCCACUGAGUCUUGCAUUUCGUAGCUAUUUGGCGCCAAUGUUUAUUCUGCCACCUACACACAUACCCAUGCACCCCCUUUCUAUACUGUACACAGUUUUGGAUUGCCUGGAGGCACCACCUUGCAAAAGAGUUUCAGCAGCCUGCCAAUGUGUUUCCCUUGGAACUAAUUUUUAGAUGAAACUGGUGGCCUGUGGCUAUAUCUCAUGCAGUCCACAGAAUCCCUGGUGGUCCUGUCCCUUCCGUCCCAAGAGAUUCCAGAUAGAGGUGAGCCCUGAAGAACUUGGAAAGGUAUCCUAGGUAGAUCUGAGCUCUCUGAAUGUACGCAUCCGGCAUUACGUAAGAGGAUGGUCUAACAUCCACUUCAUUUUGUUCCCCUAUCGCAGAGAAGGUUAAGUGAUUUAGAACUGCCUGCAUUAAAGCACCAUGUCUGUUUUAACACAGCAAACCAUGAGAAACAUUUCACGGGCUUCCUGCAAGAGGUAUUUGGCUGCCUUAGAAGGGGAGGGAAAAGCCUGUCACUCAUCAGUGGCACAGACACUGUCUAACAGGUCAUGACACACAGCAACCGAGUUACCAGUGUGAAAGCUAUCUGGAAGGGAGAAUCACAUACAAUUUAGGCACUGAGAAACUCUGAACAGCCCAGCAGCAGAACUGUUACUUGGAGUGGAGAGUAUCUCUGGCCACUGUGUUUCUGCUGGCCUCCAAAAGCCCAAAGCAAUUGGUAAAAGAGUUUGCAAUCUUUUAAGCUAAACAGAACAUUCCGUUGUAGGCUGCAUACGGAAAUUCAACUCCCUGCCUGGAGGGCUGCCUGGGGCACUAGUGGUCACUAGCAGUAGUUUCUGGCUAUGGAGGAGUUGUGUUGCUUUUUGUGUGUGGUAAUGCAGGGGUGAUAUGGUGGGGCUGUAUCCCUUUCAUGGUUAUGUGACAUUAACAUAUGAGAGUGCUGGAGGUGAAAUAGUUAAACAGGUUACCCAAUCAGAACCCAGGGGGUGGAGUCAGAGGGACUAUAAAACCAGCUCUGAGGGAGUUCGUUGGGAGUUGGGUGGUUGGUUGGAGUGGGAGUGAAUUGGAAUAGAGUCUGUGGGUAGGUUGAGUUAGUGUAGUGAAAUAAGCUUAGUCAGAAACCGUUAGGGGCUAGGAAGACAAGUAAAUAUCUGAGAGGUGGUUUAGUAAGUGAGAGCAGGUAGCGGAAGUUAUAAGUCUGGAUAGGCACCCCAUGAUUGUAAUUGACCGAUACCAUUUAUGAAACCACACGCUUGUUAAACUGCAAUAAAUAAACAGAAGUUUAUGUUCCAAUUUAACCCUGACUGGACUCAGUAUUGUACCAGGUAAGGGCCUGGGUGGUGGCAGCGAGAAAUAGUGGUGGCACAGGGAUCAAUAGACAGUGAAACGUCCGGGGACCCUGUGUGAUCGCCACAGGUAAAUUCAUUGGCUCCAUGUGUAAGAAUGACCUGGGUGUGGUCACAAGCGGUCCCUGAUUGGUUGUCACUGAUGGUGUUUCAAGGUCACUGUGGGGGAUGUGUGUCUGUGAUCAUUGCACGUUUUUGUACUUUCCGGCUGUUUCCCCUCUCCUUUCCUGGGCUGAACAUGACAUGGCAGUCUUUCUACCGGCAGAAAUCUGGUCUAACGCGAAUAUACCGUAGGAUUGCUCUUCCCAAGGAAGGCAUCUUCUGAGAGGGAACUCUAGACUUGGAUUGACUUGUUGAUACAAUAAUGCCAAUAAUCUAUGUGAUAUUUCCCUUAGUCUCCAUUAUCUGAAGAUAGACUACCCGAUCUAUUCAGAGGUUAUCUUUUUGCCUCAGUAGAUUAGCCAUCAGUAACACCAAAUAUAUCUGCCUUUUUCAUUGUUGGAUCUAAGAGGUCUGCAAGCACGAAACUGUAAAAAAUAUUUUUAUAAAAAUACAUUUUAAAAAUUCCAUUCAACUUUUCAAAUGUUUUUCACGUUUAUUUAUUUGAAAGCUAAUAGAAGUCAAAAGGAAAGGGGAAAAGAACAUAAUAUAAACAGGAGAUCACAAUCUAUCCUGCCGGUGAAGUAAGACUACAAAAAAUAGUUCCAGGAUUUCAUGCAGCCUUUGCAUGAGAUGUUUAAUUGCACAUGCACAUGUACAAAAAUAUCCAAUCAAUUUAUUUAUUUUAAUGUCACAGUUAAGCUUAUUUGUAUUCAAUACAUGUACAGUGUUUAGAUCCCAUUGCAUCGAGCAGGAUUUCGUUGUCUAGGCUUGUGGGUUCGGGCUGACAUCCAAGUGCUGCAUGUGAUUCUGUGUGUGCACACAGAGGCUUUUCAAGUCUCUUCCUUUAAGCAACGGUUUCUAUUUCCCAAAUGCCACACCCAAGGUAGCAGAUUCUCUAGGGAAGUAUUCUAUGGGGCACUGAGGGGCUGCCACUGUAAGGAGGAAAAAUGGCACUCCCAAACCCACCAAUGGGAACUGUCUGGAUCCUAUGUAUAGUCAUGGUGUUGGGAAAAUAACCAGUGGCUAUCUGUAAGAGUGGAUAUCCAUUUAAAGAGUUUAGGGAAAGUAUUUUAUCUCUAAAACAAAUAAUCCACACUAAUGUUUAAGAAGAACAUGCAUUCCACUUCCAUUUCACAGUCAGUAUCCAAUUACUGUAUCUUUGUAAAAAAAAAACUGCCAUGAAACUUUAUUGGGGAUGACAAAAGUGAAAUGCAGAAUCUGUAGUGCUUUCAUCUUUGCUAUAAGAAUAAAAACAACUGUUUAUGUACUUUUGCUGAAGAACGUUUUCUAGAUUACCAUUCUGUUUGAGUGACAUCUAGCAAAUGUUUCAAAAGUAUUUCUGGAGUUCUGAUAAUCUUCUACUACUUCUAUUAUUACUAAACAUGUAAAACAGAAUUCUAAGUCUUACAGCAUAGCCAGUUGUGAAUUCCAGUCCCCCCCCCCCCGUUUUUUCUUUAAAGUGUCUAGUCAUCAUGAUUGCUGAGAACAGAUGGAAUAUAUGAAGGCAAUGCUUGGCUAAAAACUCACUAACUUAAAGAAGCAUUUGGAAUGGACAGUGGUAAGGAAAUGGGAGACCAUGUUCCCCCCACAUUUCUCAUUCCUUCAGGCUGCAAUCCUGUAUCCACUUACCUGGAAGCAAGACCUAUGGUACAAAAUGGGAAUUACUUCUGACACAUAUAGGCAACCCUAUCCUUGUAGAGCAUUGCACCUUUAGCUCCUAAAUCUUGUCCCUGAUAUUUGCUGUCCUUGCACAUGCAUUUAUUGCCUUCUAUGACUCAUACUUUUAAAAAAAUCCAUUCUGCGAAAACAUUUCCCCCGUUAGAAUAAUUUAUGCAAAGAAUAUACUUAUCUGCAAUCUUCGUAAUUUUGGGUAGUCUAUUUUGAGUGCAACAUUUGGAUUCACUUGCAGGGUGGCACAGGAGUUGUUGACUUGUUAUAUAUGGCAUGCGUAGUUCAGGAUCAUUUUAUAUCGGUGGUACCCAGGGCUAGCCUGAGAUAACCACAAAAUUGUGCCCCACCACCACCCACCAUGGAGGAAAGGGUGAACAAGGAUCUACAUCAGAAACCAGGAGGAAGCGAGGAGCUACACUGGGAAUAAGGGGGGGGGGAAUAAAGAUUGAGGUCUGCUACCCCUGUGGAUCCUGCGGCCAGAUGUGUUCACCGCACCAGGCCUCAUGUGUGGGCUGACCUUGAUGCCACCCAACUCCCAACUCUGGAUGACCUUUUCCAGCUGUUUCCUGUAGAUGCUAAAUAGCAUGGGAGAAGCAUGAAACCGUGAGAGACCCUGAAGGUCAAUGGACCAAACCACAGAGUCCAGCACCACCUUCCAAGAAAGUCCUACAUGGUUAGGGCUCAUCUGCCCACACAUUAAUAAAAAGGUAGUGCCUACAUUCUUGCCUUUUCAGGAUAGUCCACUAGUGGGCCUAAUGGUAACUUUUCGAACAAGAUAGUGCCAUCUCCUGGCCAAAUGUGAUUAUUUGCACAAAGUACCACCUAGGAAUAAAUGUAAGAGCGAGCCUUUGGGUUGCAUUCAACUUGCACUCACGGUACACCUAUUGAAAUUAACGACCGCGACUAACUUAGGUCCAUUCAUUUCAGUGGGACUACUCUGAGUAAUAGUUGACUGCAACCCUUUGAGAAUGUUUAAAUUAUAGCAGUUUAAACACAUCAAAAACGUUUAUUUUAUUUUUUUAAAUAUAAAAUUAUUAAAGAUUUUAUUGGUUUACAAAAGUAUGUGCAUUGUCUGAGGGAUCUAAAAUUUAAUGCUCUGAUUUAAAUGCCUUUAUGUGUAGAUUAACCACUUAAAGCAACACAUGGCAAAUAGAUAUCAUGGAUGCAACAGAACAAUGGGAGAAUUUUGGGUUGAGAUGGAUCUCCAGUAGUACCAUCUGUAAUCAACUGAGAGAAUAUUUGCACCAUUUGAACAAUCCCUUCCAGAAGUUUAAAUUAAGCACUUAAAAAAAAAACAACCCACACUAACAAGGCUACCCUUAAAUAUACAUACAUAUAUAUAUAUAUAUAUAUAUAUAUAUAUAUAUGACUUCCGGGGUGGUGCCAUCAGCAAUGGCGGACUCCCUCUGAUCUGGAGGGACUAGCUCCACGCGAAACGGGUCUUUUCCGCUACGGCGAAGCGGGGACCCUUUCAAAAAUCACAGGCGGAUGAAGCCUGUGACCAUGGGACUCGGCAGGCACCUUUAGCGCCCCCCCAACCCGCAAAAGAACCCACUAACGGGCUCCGGAGCAGAGAGGGGGAAGUGGUGUGGUGCUGAGAGUCAACUGCUUCUUCCGUGGAGCGAAGCCGCACAGCUGUUGCCGGAGAGUGCUGCCUUUUUCCUGGGACAAUUUGGCUUCUAAAAUAAUCACCCGUGAGUACUUAAAUUUCGGACAAUUGGACUUUAAAUAAGGACUUGCGAGCAGAAAGGAAAAUUGGACUUAAAAGUUUACCUCAAUUUGGCACUGAAACGGGAAGGUCUAAACAGGAAGUCAGCCUUCCGUUUCUUUGUUGAUAGAUUAAAGCAAAGACAUGGCAAACUAGAGCUCAGAAAAUCGCUUGUAAAAGAUUAACUUUCAUCAUUUAAAAUUGUUGAACCCCCCUUCGGAAGCAGGAGAAGAGGGGGGAUUUUUUUGGACUGUUUAAACCUGCAGAAGUGAGUGUAAAGUAAAGUAACUUUCCACCGUCCUGAUCCUGGAGCGGGGUGUCAGGACUGACGUUUUUUUGAAGCUCAUUGACCAGAGACAAACGUUUUUGACAGAUAGCUAUAAGAAGAGAAACAUUGGUUCCAUUGUUCCCCUUCGCAUUUUAAAGGAACAAAUAUUGACAAAAUAUCUGAAAAAGGAAACUUUGUUGUUAGACUUGUCUUUAAAAGAAAGAACAAAUAGAAGUUUCCCCCCUAGAGAGAGACUGUGAAACUGUAACCAACUCCGGGGAGCUUGCAGCUGUUACAGAUUACAAUCGUGGGAAUAGACUUCUGACCUUGCAGGACAAUGUAUUCAGAAGCUCUGUUGCGUGCUUUCUGUAAAACAAAUGCCCUACUGGAACAGCUACAUGAGAAGACGGACUUGAUGGCUGAUGCGAUCAGAAAUUUUGAACAGGCAGUGGGAAAUUAUACGGAGCCCACCCAGGAAUUAAAUCAGGAGUGUGCCCUGACAGAACAGAGGAGGGAAGAGGAUGUUGCUGAAUCUUGGGCGCCAGAGAUGAAGGGAGCUGUGGCCCAUCAGGAACAUGAGCUUUUGGACUUGACAAAUGAACUUGGAAAAGCCAGAUUUGGAAAGAUAAAGUUUGGUUUGGUUUGGAAAUGGGGGUUGGAUAGACCCCUAUGCAGGGAUGUUUGGACCUUUCAAGUCUGGCAAUGGGCCGUGAGAUGUUUGGGGUUGUGGGGGCUCUUAAUUUUGGAGGGAUUUUGAAACAUGUUCUUAAAUACCACAUGGAGUUUAGUGUGGUCUAUGGAAAAGGGGAUGAUUUGUCGAGAAGGGUCAAAAACAUUGUUAAGCUGGAGUUCCCACGAGUGAAAGGAGCAGGAGACAAAGGAAAAUACAGUUAUAAAUAUGAAGAAGAGCUGCGGAAGGGACAUGGAAGAGACUUAAGGGCCUCGGAUACAAGGUUACCAGGUUAAUGCGCUAGAUCGAUGGGAUAAUAAGGACUGACAAAACCCGGGACCAGGAGGAAGGGACGCUGGAUGAAGACUGGAUUGAUUUUAUUUCUUUUUUUUACUACUAGGAUUGUUUUAUAAAAUUGAUGAAUGUUAGAAAAAUGUUGGAAUGAAAUUACUUCGCUUUAGCAAAAAUGUUUAAAUGGCAAAAAUAAGAUUUAAGUUUUAAGCUUUAAGAUUCUUUAUAGUAAGAUAAGAUUAAAAUAGAUUAAGGUAAUGUAAUGACAGAAUAUUAUGAAAUAUGGAAAGGAUUUGCUGUGACAAUUAACAACUAGGAUACAAAAAAAGGGAGGAGGAGGAGGUCAAAGAAAGAAGGUAAUGACAGUUGAGGAUAUAAGAAUGAUGGAUUUGUUUUUGAGUGUUUGUGGUGUAUUUUUGUUUUUUGAAUUUGUAUUGUUUGAUGUGGAAUGUUUUUUCUUUGUUUUUUCUUUCUUUUUUCUGUUUUGUUCUUUUUUGUAAUUCUAAAAAUUUUCAAUAAAUAUCAUUUAAAAAAUAAAUAAAUAUAUAUAUAUAUUAUGGUGAACAUUGACAUUAUUUCUCAGUUAGAUUAGAUUAGAUGUGCCUUCCACUAGCAAAGUUGUUCUGUACAAAUGUUACCAUCUUAGGAUUCAUCAUAUACUCUUUUGUCUUUGCUGGCCUGUUGCUUGAAAUGUCAGAUUUGGCCAUGGUGGCACAUGCCUGAGUGACAUCCCAGUGGGACUAACAUAAUGCACUUUUCUUGGCUGCCUUUGAAAAGUCUUCAGAAGCUUCAGCUGGUCUGGACGGCUGACCGGGGCAGGUUACAGGGAGCACGUUCCUUCAGUUAAAACUACACUGCCUACAGCUGGUCUAUUUCCUGACACAAUUCAAAGCACUGGUUAUGACAUAUAAAGCCCUAUGUGGCUUGGGGCCAGGUAACCCGAGCAAUUUAUCUCCCUUUACGAACCUUGCCCAGGUGCUAAAGAUCCUUGGGUGAACACCUUUCUUCCAUCCCAUCACCGCCAGAGGCCCAGUUGGUGAUGUAACGAGAGGGCUUUUUCUGUGGCUGCUCCCACAUGGUGGAACUGCCUCCAAGAGAGGUUAGAUUGGCUCCCUUUUUGUCCUCUUUCCACAGCUUCCUAUAUUGCAAUAGAUGCAGACAAUCUUUAUUGAGCAAUCAGUAUUUUAAUGCUGCUUCAAAAUGUAUUCUCUUGUAUUUCAACUAUUGUUUUGAACUAGCUUGUUUUUAUUACUCUGCAUUUUAUACCAAUGCUUUUAAAACGUUGUAAGUCACCUUGAAUUCCAACCUGGGAGAAAGGUGGGAUAUAAAUAGAUUAAAUAAAUAAUAUCAAUUGAGAAAAGCAUUUCACCUUUCCUCUUUAGUAUGUCAACAUGACUGGAUGGAAAUAAAUGGAGACAAACAUGAGACAUGUUCUGAGGAACUGUUCCAUUAUCUUCAACCAUUUUGACUCACAUUUAAGAGAGAGGUUUUACAGUAUUUUGAAUCUACACGACCCUGAACUCUUAAUAUACUACUCAGCUAUAGUUCACAACUAGUAAGUGUUCUGAGAAGAACAUAGGCUAUAAAUACCUGUUUGUUUGUUUUUAAAGCAAAAUCAUUGCAAAUUAUUUUCAAUAAUAUAAUAUAUUCAGCAGCGGAUUAUGUUUUCUGCUUUGUUCUUGAAGACGUUCAAAUACAUAAUUAAGACUUCAACAUGAUCUAGCCUAAUGAAUAUGUCUCGGUUCAGUUAUGUUAAGAUUUUGAAGCUUCAUGUCAGCUCCUUUCCUCUGUGUUGAUUAUAAUUUUCGACUCUUCACUGUGUUUAGUUCAUACUUCCACAUGAGGUCAUUUUUAUUUAUUAUAUACAGUUGUGGAAUUGGGCUGACAGGGAAAUGGGGGAGACUCUUUUUGGACUAAAUGAGACAGUAUAAAUUUAACAAGUACAUGUAAUAAAAAUAAAUACAGCAGUUUGUUCAAGGUCAUUGAGUUAUGGCCGGGCAUGGAUUUUAACAUAUGUCAAUAGCCAGAACUACAGAACCAUGUUAAGCCAGUUGGGCUUUUUUCAAGCAAAUCACAACAAUAUUAAAAGAAGCCCAAUUUCCUGGUAAGUCUUCCUUCCAACUAUUAGCUAUGAUGGGUAAAUGGAACAAUCAAAUGCAGUGGGGUAUUUGGUGGAAUGAAUAGAUAGGGAAGGUUGUUGCCCUCAUGCUUUGCAUGUGGGGUUCCUGGGGGCAUCUGGUUAGAGAGCCUAAAGAGAUCUUUGGUCCGAUCUAUUAGGACUUUUCUGGUGUAUGUCUAAGAACCGGAUACAGUCAACAUGCAGGCCUACCAGGAGUGGGCAGACUUCAGGCUGGUGGGAUCUACUGUGUGUGUCUGUGUUUAUAGAACCCUGAAGUCCACCAACAGGUGCAAAACGUUAUUAUUUUAUUUUUAUAAUUGUUAAUUUAUUAAUUGCCUUAUACACAAUUGUCUCAAGGCAAUUUUACACAUCUGAAAUCCAGCACAUGCUCAGCCCAAUAAUUUCUUUUCAAUACCAGAAUGGAGCUCACACAGCUUCUUACACAAACAUCGCCUCCUAGUUUUACCCCAAAUUUGAGAAUGAACGCAGGAGAGGCCUGCCUUUCGCCUUGAAAGGAGAAGCCUGCUUGAGAGAAGGUAUCAUAUCACAUCUUCAAAUAUCUCUCACAUGGAAGAUGGAAGCAUGCUUGGUUUCUUCUGCUCCUGAGUGUAGGACCCAAACCAACUGGCUUCAAGUUACAAGAAAGGAGAUUCCAACUAACUUUUUGACAGUGGGAUGGGCUCCCUCAGACUCGAAGGGUUUUAAAGCAGAGGUUGGAUGGCAGCCCCAGUUUAGGGGAGUAUUUAAUGAUGUUUUAUUGUGUUUUCAACAUUUUGUUGGGAGCCGGCCUGAGAGGCUUUGGCAACCCAGUCUGAGGGGCAGCAUACAAAUGAUAAAAGUGUUGUUGUUGUCAUCUGCCAUGGAUGCUUUAGUUGCGAUUCCCGUGCUGCAGAGGGUUGGACUACUAGAUGACCCUUCCAAGUCUACAAUUCUUAGGGAGGGAAAACGACGAGCAGCCACUUCCCGCCCGCCCUUGGCGGUGGCCACGGGCUCAAUCCUGUUCCUGCCUUAAAACGAAACUCUGCAGAGGUGCUUUAGGGCCGCGGGGUAACUCGGGGCUCCCGCCGCUCCCCAACCCCGCCUGGGACGGAGGCGCCGCGGACCCUGCCCGGGAGAGAGGCUUCCUGCUGCCUCCGAGGAGCCGAGCAAGGGAGGAAGGAAGGAGAGGGCGCUUCUUCCCGCCCCCGGAUCCGCUCCCCGCUGGCAGAGGCGCUGCUGGGCGGACGAGAGCAGCGCGCAGUCCUGGCCCAGGAAGGAGCCUCGUCCCUUCCCCGCCCGGGGCCAGGCGGAGCCAGCAGCGGGAGGAGGAGGAGCAGCGGGUGAGAGGUCGGCUAGCUCCGGUCGCCCAUAGAGACGGCGGAGUCCCGAGUUGCGAGGGCGGCGGCGGCGGCCGGAGAAGGGGCUGAGGCGGCGAGGCGCACGGUAAGGAGGGCGGGCGCGGCGCGGAGUCGCCGCCGCCGCCGCCGGAGGGAGCGGGAGCGAGGGAGGAGGGCCUCCCCGGGCCACAGGCAGCGCUGCUCUUUCCUGCUUCUUUCUCCGCCCGGGCGCUGUCCCCGCCUCCCGCCAUUGCAGCCGCCGGGCCGAGGACUGCCCCCUCCGCGGCCGCCCGCUGCCUUUCCUCGGCCGCUCGAGGCGCGCAGAGCCGUCGUCGCGGGGAGCGGGAGAGCCUUCGGCUUGCUGCCCCCGCCGCCUCUUCCUGGCCGCGGUGCGGGGCGCUGAGCGAGGCGUGGCUGCCGCGCGCGGGCGGGCGCCUCCCGGGCUCGCUAGGCCACUGUUUCCACGCCACCAGCGCCGGGUCGUGGGGAGAGGGUGGGUUGGCUCCUUUUUCUCGAAACGAGGUGUGCUAGGGAGUCCGCACCCGGAGGGUGGCUCUUGUCCCGUGUUAGAGAACAUGGAGGGUGAUUCUGGGUAUGUGUGAACGUCGGAAGAGUUUUCGGGCUGAAGGUCCGUCUUGUUUCCAAAGUGGCUUGUUUCCAAAAUGGCUAGCCAGAUGUUUCUGGGAAGCCCCCAAGCAAGGACCAGAGUGCUAAUCUAGUAACUUGCCUAUAGAUUCUGGUUGAUUCUAGGGUGGUGCACAACAACACCACCACCACCACAAUAUUGAUAAAGAAUUGCAUCAACAUACCUAUCAUAACAGUAAAACUUGUUUCAGGACCUAAACCUGGAGCUUCCAUUUAGCUAUUAUGACUGUUACGGUAGUGUUGAACUGCCAAUGGUGCAUUUCUAGAAUCCCCAUUUAAAACCAUCUUGAGUUUUCUGCUGUUGCCACAUCUUGUUGGCUCUGAUGGGAAGAAGCAGGGCAAUGUGAGGUUGCUACCUGAGGUGCCUUGGGUUGCUGGAUGGGUCUGUCUUCCAUAAUUGCACAGAGGCCAAAGUAGAUACAAUGGACAGAUAUAGACUAGUCCAGCCUUCUCCAACCUGGUGCCUUCCAGAUGUUUUGGACUACAACUCCCAUCAGCUGGAAUAGAGUACCAGCAAAGCAUUGUUGAGUUCUCGCACCGUGUGCAUUAUCUGCUUUCAUUUCUGAGUUUCAGUUACCAAUGAGACCUCACAGUAGGGUCAGAAACAGUAUCAGUGCCUCAGACAGCAGGCAAGCACUGCAUACAAGGCUGCUAUCCUAUUAUGCUGCAGAUCGGCUUUUGCUUGAUGAUGGAUAUUCGGCACUGAUAUAUAUUUAUUGGCUAGAAGAUAAUGUGGCUGGCUGUAAUGUUUAAUAAAAUGGUGGUUACCUACAUAACCAUACUGCAUCGCUGGUGUCCUUGCCAACCAUUAUGGCUUAAUGAUGCUAAUUAUUCCCUUUUAGUUCUGUGGCUUCUUUAGUACAGUGUGGCUGCUCCUGGUUUCCAGUGUGUCCAAAAGACGAUGAAUGGUGCUGGCCUGCAACACUCCCAGCUCAUUUUUGCUGAUGGUUGGUGCUGAGCUACAUUGUGGUGACUGCCGUGGAGAAAGGGUCACUAAAGCAGAGGGCCCUCCAAGAUGUUGGUCUCCAGUUCCCAUCAGCCCCAGCCGGCGUGGGCAGUGGUCAAAGAUGAUGGUAGCUGUCACCCAAUAACAUCUGGAAGGCCAGCGGAUCCCCACCGCUGCACCAAAGACACGUAGUCAGCAUUUACCUAGUGGUGUUUGAACUCUGCAUUUCCGUAAGAAACACGCCAUUCUUCUGUUGGGAGUUUCAGAAGGGUAGAAUUUGUAAACGAAAGCAAGAAAUUAAUGUACAGUUGUGCAGAAGUGGCUCACCAUGUGGGGCAGAGCUGCUGGGCUUUCCAGCAUGUGGGUCGCUGUUGCUUACCAAGAGGGGCGGGGGGAGGACAAGGUGGCAAAGAGUUUGGUGUGCCAUGCCUGCCUCCCUCCCAGUAAGCAACAGCAUCCAGCCUACAGGGAAGCUAGUGCAGCAACUCUGCCCCACCCAGUGAGCCACCUCUGCUUCCGUGGAAAUAAAAUACAAGGAAAACAAAGCAAGCUAUGGGGUCUGUGGUGAGGUUUUCCGUAUUCUCCUGCUCCUUGAAGCUGCUUGUGUUUAGUUUCUACCAAACUCCCAUGCUUUUAUGAAGGAGAACCUGAUAAAACUGCUCCCGUAAGUCAUCUUGAUGCUGUUGCAAGCAAAAGGAAAAGAAUGGUAGUUGUUCUAGCCUGAACUUAGUGUAACUCUUGACUGUGAGCUGCUAGAACAAUAAUAAGCAUCAUAUAGCUGGUGUCUGCUGGAUAUUAAGUGCACUUUUCUCCCGAAGGAAACAGCAUGAAAGGGAAGAGUCCACAAAAUGUUGGCUUGACUUACUACCCAGCCGUACUCCAUAGUUGCCGCUGACUCCAUCCCCUUAGCCUUCUGCAUCUGCUAGAGAGCUUGGGAAAAGAAGGGGGCAUCUCAUAUCACACUGGGAGUGGGCUUUAAUCUUGCAUGCACAGUAUGCUUCUGUUCAGUGUAAUUUAAAAGAAACACCCCUUCCUGACUGUAGUGUGUGUGUGUUGUCACGGGGGAGGAGGGAGUGUCUCUUAACUCUCCCCACAAGCACUGCACAGUGCGAAGGCCCCCUUCUUCCCUCUCAAGGUGAGAGGCAGGAGAGGGUUUCUCAGGUUACACUGAGUAGGGGCCCUUGACCCGCAAGCUGCAGCGCAGGUGGAUUUAUGGACGCCUACUGAUCGGAAAGUCUAGUCACAAGAAAAAUCGCACAGCGAGAACAUAAGGGAGUUUAUUUAACAAGUUCUGUCAUGUUUAAUGAUAGUCUUGCUUGCUAUGGAGGUGAAACAUAAAGCUUACUGGAUAGUGAAACCUUGCAGAGUGAGAUUAAACUUUGCUUCUUCUUACACUUUAGCUGUUUCAGACCCAGCAUUUUUAAUGCUGGAAUCUUCCAUUUUGUACACAUUUGCUUCGUAUACUUGUAAUCGUCAACUCAUUUUUAUCUCUUUCCGCUUGAAACCCCCCCCCCCCCCAUUAAAGCUUUCUCUCAGGCUGGGGGAACCCUUUUCAGCCUAAGGGUCACAUUUCCUCAUGGGCUCACCUGCUAGCUGUGGGCAGGAUCAGAGACAAAGAAAAGUGAGCGGAGCAAUAGGUGUGACUCUUACAGUAACCUGUAUUUUUAGCUACAACCCCCCACCCCAAGGUUUUUGCAUAAACACUCCGCAUGCAUUGUUUUUGUUCAUUAUUUUGUUAUGUAUAUUUUAUACUGUAAACUGCCCUGUAAACCUGAGAUGACGGGCGGCAUAGAAUUUUAAUAAAUAUUAAUAAUAAAUUUUUUUUUGAUCCUCCAGUCAAGGAAGAGGCAGAAUCACAGUUCAAGGACACAUUUCAGUUGGCAGAAGCACUUGAGGAGAGUGCAGAACAGGGUUGUUAAGAAGCAGGGUCCUGGGAUAGGGGGCAUGGACUGGGAAGAGUUUUGAAAGCCAAGUAGAGAAGCUGCAAUGUGGUUCUCCCCACCCAGGCCUGAUGUUCCCAAUUGCUACUUAAACUGCAGCUUUUAUAUUUUUAUUAACUGUUGUUAAAGUUCCAGAAACGGAAAGAUUUAUGCAAGUACCAAAUGAAGUUUGUCUCGGUUUUGGAUAGCAAACUUUGUGCCCUUAAACAUGGUGAGAUUCCAAAUAAAUGCCUGUCUCCUCUAGAUAAUAAUGUUAAAAUCAUAACAAAUGAUUCACAAAAUAGAGAGCAAGUUCUCCAGAACUCUUUAUCAGGCUAGUUCUUAAGCAAAGCAGAAGGGGAGGGGGUGUGAAAUGAAACAAAACAAUACAAAAAAGUAGGGAGAUGUUGUAGCCAUGAAGUCUGUGUUUAGACUCUCUUCCAAAAUGGAGAUUGCAGAAUAAAUUGCUGUCUGCUAGGUGCUGCAAAUAUCGGGUUACGUCUAGGGUUCUGUGAUAAAGAAGCAAUGGGUGAUCCCCGUUUCUGAAAACAUAAAUCCUGUCAGUUAUCCAGAACUGUAUUGUGUCUUAAGCAACACGCGCAAGUUCUUGCUUAGGAACAGAGUUAAAUAUGUUCCAAAUAGAGGAAGAUCCAUAGCUCAGUGGCAGUGCACGUUUUUUAUUUUCCAUCAAGGCCAUCAAGGCAGCUGACAAGAUAACUCAGUAAAAGAAUAGAGCUGAAACUAAAUAAGACCACAGCGGCGGGGGGGGGGGGAUCAGGAGUGGUUAUAUACAACAUUUGUCCCAAUAUCCCACCCAAAACAGCUUUUUACUUUUCUAAAGUUUAGUUACAGUAUAUUAUCAAGCAGUCAUUGUAUUUGAAAACAAACUGCAAAAUAUAUAAUAACUAAAUCUUUGAAUAGAGCAAAUUAAACAAACCAAAGGAGUAUGGUCUAUUGGAAAAUUGUACUUAAAGCCGUAAAAUAGGCACAUAUUACAAAUUCAAUAAUAAUAAAUAACCAAAUCAGUUGCCCUACCAUGUCAAGGGAAAUUCAUCACAAUACUAAGCUUACAUUUGUUCAUAAGCAGGCUGAGUCUCAGAUGAGUCAGAGCAAAGCCUCUGAUGUUAAUCUGAGAUCCGGGGUAAACUCUUAAGGUAGGUGUCCUAAAGAUACGUCAGCUCAAUGCAGAAAAUCAGCACCCAGAGACAUUUUCUGAAUGUUUCAAUAUUUUACAAUAUUUACAAUACAAUUUACAAUACAAUACAAUUACAAUUACAAUUUACAAUAUUUAUAAACCACUUCACAUAUAGAAGCAAUGUACAAUAAAAUAAAUGAGAUUUGAAAAUUAUAUAGUCCCUGAAAACAAUAACACAGUUUCUACAAUUGUGCAAUUAAUAUUUCAAUAAAUGUCUGGGCUGCAGUUCCAGGAAAUUACAGAUAUCAAAGUUGUUAUAUGCUGUCCACGAUGAGCCCCAGUUUAUACUGUGACCACUGUUUUGAAUCCAUUGUACUUCAUGAAAAUUCUGCAAAUGGCAGCUCCACAUAAAAGUGUGUUACUGUACCCUAAUCUGGAUGAUACUAAGACACGAAUGGCAGUGGCCAGGUCUGUUUUAUUCAGAAAAAGCUAUGGCUAUUGUGCCCGUCUGGGCAGAGCAUUCCAGCCCCUACCCCACCCCGCAGUUCUGGGCUGUGGGGUGUUUGGAUCGAGUAGAGGUGCCCCUCCUUUACUUAGCACCCAGGGACGGUGUCAGAUUCAGGAGCAACCACAAACUACGUACCUGGUUUUAAAGAGACUGUGCCAUUCCUAGGCUCUGGUUUAAAGCAAAGCUGCACUCUGAGCAAAUCUGUUGAAAUAAUGGACUAAAAUUAAUUGUGACUAAUUUAAGUCUGUUUAUUUCAGUGGGAUUAUUCUGAGUGUAACUUGGGGAGCUGCUGCUCGCUGGGGUACAUAACCCCAGUCUAGGUGGGCUAAUGAUCUGAUUCCGCAUAAUCGGUGUAAAUCUCUGGAAGGCUCUUUUUUUUCUUUUCUUUUUUUAGGAACUUGUGAUUCACAGUAGGAACAUGAAUAAUAAUAGUUCCUGUGGGUUGAGUGGGUGGGGAACAGAAGGGGAGAAUUUGUUAAAUUGGAGAUUAUUCUGUCGAAAAUUACCAUUGUUACAUGAUGACUUUCGUAAAGCAAUGGCUGAAUUGUUAUCAGUGUUCUUGUUUGGAUAAAAAUAGCUUCUUAGGUUUGUGAAAAUAUUUACAAAAUAGUUUAGUUAUGGGUGGCAAACCAGUGUUGCUCAUUAUCAGCACUGUUCUUUAAUACUUCUGCAACCACAUUCUUUACAGCAUUAGGGACCUAUUCUUCGUGUCUGUGAAGUAAUUGCCUAGUUGUUUUUGUGCACGAUUCAAACAUCUUCGCUCAUGUCAGCACUGGGAGAAAGCAAUUUUUGUCUUAUCUAAUGUGUCUGAUGCGGUAAUUAGGGCUAUGUUGGCUGUUUCAUUACAGUCCAAUCCUGUGCAUGUUUACUCAGAAGUAAGUCCCAGUGAGGCUUACUUCUGGGAAAGUGUUUAGACUUGCCGUCUGAAAACUUAGUACUCAUGCUAAGUUUUGCUAUAUUAUGAUAACUAAUUAUACACUCAAUAUAUUUCCCAAGCCUAUUAUUUCUUGCCUGUUCUAGACAAGCUCUUGCUUACACAUAAACUGGUAUGCAGUUCAGUAUCUGUGGCCACGGGACACAAUAGUACUUAAUAGUAUGAAGGACAGGGCUAUUGGAACAAUUUUCAGUGCUCAUCCUACUUUAAAUUUACUACAAUUUGUUUCCAUGUCAGGAGGCUUGGGGGGUGGUCCAUGGAAAUACACGCCGCACAAAAGCAGCUGUCUUCAGCUUAACAUGGGGCUUCUGUGUACUAAAGUUUGUCCUGUGUUCUUGAAAAUUGUGGAAUCAGACAGUUAUUCAUUUAUGCUGCCCCCAUUGCUUGAUUUCAACUUUGGGUGCCACCAUUAUUGAGGAACACGCUCUUCUGUUUUUAUGUUCCCAUCUUCUAAAGGUCUCAUUAUGCUUCACCUGUAGAAUUUCAUUAUGUCUCUGGGACAUGAAACUAUGCAAGAGCCUCUCCCCUCUGGAAAAGCCUUGUAGAUGUUGAGCUGAACACGAUACAGCUGCCUUGAUGUGAUGCUUACAUGAGGAUUAUGUACCGGGAAGUCUUGUCCCAAGUGUUUAAAUUUCAGCUGGGGUUCUGUACAACAGAAAUAAAACACGUAAUAUUUUUUUAUUUGUGCCUACUUUAAUCAGAUUCCUUUUUGGCAGUUUAAGAGUACUACAAUUUGUUUGCCACAUCUUACUUUCACUUUUAGCCAUAUAAAAGCAAGUAGUUUCAGUUGCUCUUUUUUCCUCGUUCCUGUUCUUGUUGUGUUAGAGAUUUAGGCACUGGUAAAAGUUUAUGCUUUCAGUGUAGGUCUGGAAGAAGCAAGUAUCGUUUUGAUCUUGUGCUAGCAGUCAGAAAAUAAACAAGUGGCUGAUAUGUUGGCUAAACAAUGUAUUCCAAGGCUCAAAAGACAGGUAGAGUCAGUUAAUGUGCUUAACUGUUCUCCCAUUUCAUGAUGCACCCUUGCUAAACCAGAGUUGCAACAAAAAAAGACCAUGCAUAAUCUUGCAUUUCUAAUCGGUAGUAAUCUGUGAAUGUUUUUAUAUCCAAACAGAUACAUAUUGUGCCUAUAACUUCCUUUUCCUUUGAUCCCAUUCCACCUCACCUGGAGGAAUAAUAGGAUGCAUUGUAUGUAGGCAAAUAAGCUAAACAAGCCACUGACAUACUUGGAUGUAGAAAUAUCCAGGCUCAGAGCCAUGCGUAGUCAUUAAGGUUCCUUUCUGUUCUUGGUCAAGUCACUUAAAGUUCAGAUAUGCAGAAAAAUAGUGGUAAGGUGGGGAAAGACAGGCUUGAAUGUAUACAACUACGUUCAUGUGUCAGGGUGCAGAUCAGUCUAAACUCAUUAUCCCUAAUAAGGUAAAAGGUAAAGGACCCCUGGACAGUUAAGUCCAGUCAAAGGCGACUAAGGGGUGCUGUGCUCAUCUUGGUUUUCAGGCCGAGGGAGCUGUUGUUUGCCCACAGUCAGCUUUCUGGGUCAUGUGGCCAGCAUGACUAAACUGCUGCUGGUGCGCGGAGGACCGUGAUGAGUGCCAGAGCACACGGAAACACCGUUUACCUUCCCACCGCAGUGGUACCUAUUUAUCUUUUACCUUUACCUUUUUACCUUACCUAUUUAUCUACUUGCACUGGUAUGCUUUUGAACUGCUAUGUUAGCAGAACCUGUGACAGAGCAAUAGGAGCUCACCCUGUUUUGCAGAUUCGAACUGCCAACCUUCCAGUCAGCAAGCCCAGACCACAGUGCCACCCGCAUAUCCCUAAUACAGUAUACUAACUUUGCAAUGCAGAUUUUUUUAUGUUAUUAAUUUAGAAAGACUGCACUGUGGGUUUUGGUUUUUUUUAGUAGAUGCUUGUUUGAAUCAGUUCCAGGUCUGUGUUUGAAAUUCGUAGGAAUACUGGAAAAUCAAAAGAAGUGUUUGCAUGAAUAUUGAUGAUAGCAUCUUGAACUGUAUUAAAUAAUUGCUUCACAUUCCUACAUCUAGUAGAUAUUAUUCAAAAGGUAAAUGUGAGGCUUACAUUUUUAACAGCAUAUUCCUAAGGAAAUAAUAUAUUCUGCAUUUUAAAAUCUAAAUUGUAUGAAACAUUGAUAAUGUUUCUGUAGGAAUAAAUCAACCAUUGGCAAUGAGAUGCAUUAGCUGAUCUCUUAUUAGUCUAUUCUAUAAAUGUAUUUGUCCUCAUUAGUCUACAAAAUAACUUGAGUACCAUUGUUCAUGAGAGAGAGCUGUUUUCCUAUCCCAUUUCUGCCCCAAUUUAAAUUAAUUACAUACCACUUUUCUGCUGCAAUAUCCUUUUGACCUUAACCAUAUUCUUUUUAGUAAUGGCAUGGGAACACAAACACUUUUGGGUUUUUUAAAGCUUGUAUACUUUUCUUCUACCUCUAUUCCUUUAACGUGACUUCAUGAGAAGCAUUUGUAAUGCAUUGUAAUAGCAUCUAAGGUUAACAGCAAUACAGUGGUGCCCCGCAAGACGAAUGCCUCGCAAGACGAAAAACUCGCUAGACGAAAGAGUUUUCCGUUUUUUGAGUCGUUCCGCAAGACGAAUUUCCCUAUGGGCUUGCUUUGCAAGACGAAACAUCUUGCGAGUUCUUGCGAGUUUGUUUCCUUUUUCUUAAAGCCGCUAAGCCAUUAAUAGCCGCUAAGCCGUUAAUAGCCGCUAAGCCGCUACUAGCCAUGCUUCGCAAGACGAAAAAACCGCAAGACAAAGAGACUCGCAGAACGGAUUAAUUUCGUCUUGGGAGGCACCACUGUACAUGUUUUCUUGCCCUUUGACAUUUUUAAAUGGAUGCUGUCAGUCUGUCCAGGCCCAAAGGCUCUAGAACUUUAAAAUACUUUAAUGAGCAAUAAUAAGCAAAGGUAGUCAUGUUGGUCCUUAAGAGUUGGCCCCAGAUUGUUGGCCCAAGGCCUGUAAAAGAUUUAGCCAUCAUUGUCUUAAACAAAAUGCAGAGGUUACUGGCAUGGGCACAGAGCAGAAGUAAAGAGAAACUUGGCAGUCUUUAAUUUAGCAAAAUCAGGGAUUACCUUUGGAUGGUGUUCUAGGUACUAAUUUUAAUUUUCAUAUUAAAAUAAUUUUAAUAUGAACUUUGGAUGGUUGUCAAGUGCACCACCCAAAAUUAAUCCCUUACUUUGGUAAAUGAAAGACUCUCAUGUUUCUCUUUAUUUCUGUUGUCUGUGUAGCUCAGGAACUAGUGUGUUUCAUUUAAGUGUGAGAUAUCACAAUGUACUUAAAGUGAGUAGUUAAAAUAUAAUUUGCCCUAACAGCAGCCCAGUAAUCAGCAUCAUUUGUAUGGUGUGCAUCCUCGGUGUGUAACCUGAUACCUGUAACCUGGUAACAGGAAGGGACUCAGCCUGCAGUCUCCAUCAUGAAGUCAACCUGACCUCAUGGCUACAACAUCAACCUAAUUUUUGUACUUUAAAAAAUUAUCCUCAUCUCCCUUGCCCCCGGUUUUGCUGUUGUGUCUUGCUUGAUUAAGAGUUCUAGAGAACUCUAAAGCUUGCCACUCUUGUGGACACUUUGGCUAGUCUCAAUAAUUGCAUUGUAAUGAUUCUUCAACACCAACGUCCUUGGACUGGUCAUGUUGUUUGGAUGCCUGAUUAUCAUCUUCCAAAACAAGUACUCUUAUUCCCAACUUAAGAAAGGAAAACGAAAUACUGGAGGACAACAAAAGAGGUUUAAAGACACUCUCCAGGCAAAUCUUUAAAAAAUGCAAUAUAAGCACCGAUAAUAGGAAACACUGGCCUGCAAGUGCUCCAGUUGGAGAACAGCCUCUACAAAAGGCAUUGUGGAUUUUGAAGAAGCACGAAUUCAGGACGAAAGGGAGAAACAAGCUAAGAGGAAGGCACAUUUGGCAAAUUCUCACCGUGAUCAACUCCCACCCAGAAACCUACGUCCCCACUGUGGAAGGGUGUGUGGAUCCAGAAUUGGCCUCCACAGUCAUUUAAGGACACACCGCUAAUACUGUGUUCAUGGAAGACAAUCUUACUCAGCCAGAGAGAGAGAGAAGAGAUUGCCCAACUAGAUUUUGGAGCUUAAUGAUCGAAGCAUCCUCAAAAGUCAGAUAGAAUUAAGUUCAAUUUAAAAUGCCAAAAAGCCUUUGAUCCACAAAACAAUUUGUUUUAUGCCAGUACUGGUGACUAGUAACCUAUUCUGAGAAUAUCCCCCACAGUAGGAGUUCCAUUCAUAAAAAUGGCUGCACUUGCAGUAGGACGAAGUAAAUCAAGAAGUCUCCUCUGGUUUGGCAGUAUUUGCUCCAAGUAAAGGAGACAUUACCAGUUUAAUCUGAGUUGUGGGACUGUUAGCUCAUCUACCACUUAUGACAAUUACAAUUUUUAAGAUCUGUUUUAAUGUUGCUGUUUUUUCUUGCUCUCACUCUGUUGUUUUUAGUAUUUUUUAAAUAUCCUUGAUUGUUUUAAUUGUAAGACACCCUGCACAUUGUGAAACUGAAUGACAGGAUAUACAGUGGUACCUUGGGUUAAGUACUUAAUUUGUUCCAGAGGUCCGUUCUUAACCUGAAACUGUUCUUAACCUGAAGCAGCACUUUAGCUAAUGGGGCCUCCUGCUGCUGCCGCACCGCCGGAGCACGAUUUCUGUUCUUAACCUGAAGCACUAUUUCUGGGUUAGCGGAGUCUGGAACCUGAAGCGUAUGUAACCCGAGGUACCACUGUAAUAUGCUUUCAUUAAAUAACUGGACAGUGGGAGAUUCAGCCAAUGCAUCUAGUGUUUGGGUAUUAGAUGUAUAUUUAAAUGAUACUGAGGCUGUCUUGUUUUUAACACUCGAUUGGAAGCCACCCAGAGUGGCUGGGGAAACUCAGCCACAUGGGCGGGGUAUAAAUAAAUUACUAUUACUAUUAUUAUUAAUCUUCGGGGGGUGGGAUGUAUGAAACUGCCUCUUACUGAGUCAGACCACUGGUCCAUCUAGCCCAGGAGUCAGCAACCUUUUUCAUCCGUAGGCCAGUCCACCGUCCCUCAGACCAUGUGGUGGGCCGGACUAUAUUUUUAGGGUGGAAAUGAAUGAAUUCCUAUGCCCCACAAAUAACCCAGAGAUGUAGUUGAAAAAAAGGACACAUUCUACUCAUGUAAAAACACGCUGAUUCCCGUGUUGUCCGUGGGCUGGAUUGAGAAGGCGUUUGGGCCGCAUCUGGCCCCCGGGCCUUAGGUUGCCUAUCCCUGAUCUAGCCUGAAUCUCUGACUGGUGAAGACUCUCCAGAGUACCAGACGGGAGUCUUUCCCAGUUCUGCUGCCUUAGAUCAUUUUAGCUGCUGUGCCCUGGGACAUUUUGCAUUUGAGGCACUUACUCCAUCACUGAACAGUGUGCCCUCUUUCUCCUUGCUUUUGUUCAAAAAUAUAAAUUCUGAAUGCAAAAUUCCAAAGCUUACAUUAAAGGAAUUUAAGUAGAAUCGAGAAGAAAACAAGAUGGAAGAUAACCUGAGAAAUCAGAUUAAUCAAAACAUGGACUUCAAAGAUGAUUGAGAAUUUCAUUCUUACAUUGGUGGUGUAUACUGCUUGUAUGUUAAGAUUCAUAGGCAGUUUAUGGCAGGGGGCAGGGGUACCCAGCAUGGUGCCCUCCAGAUGUUGAACUGCAGCUCUUGUCAACCCUGAUUGUUUGUCACUGAUUAUUUGACAGAGCCCCGGAUGCUGCAUUUGACUGGGGAAUUGUGAUCAGUGAUUGUGAUCACUUGUUUGUAAGAGUGGCCUCCCAUUCAGCAAGAAAACCACAUGGGUUUGGCGUCUAGCUUGAUCCUGAGUGCCAUGUUACAGUAUGUGCUGGGCUUUCAGUUUAUCUUAAGUUAAACAUACAUCCUGGGACAUAUUAAACAUCAGGAAGAAAAAUCUCACAUUUUCCAAACUUCAUUGUUUCUGCUUUCUCAUUCCCAUGACUACCUUUAUGAUUUUUCAAUACUUUUUCUUGUAUACUUUAUCUGUCUUGGUCAAAACAGUAUCCAUUAAUUAAUGAGACCUGCUCUAAACUAUGGAAGUGGGGCUUUGGCUUUGCCAGGUGCUCUUGAGAGUAAACUAAAUCCAGUGUUUCCUCUGAAUCUUGUGGGUGGGUAGAAAUCUGGGAUCAUCCACUCAGCUCCAAAUAUGAAGGGAGUCUGGGGCUCAUCAUACUUGCCAGAGACCAUUUGACUUCUUCCUAUGGUGAGUGUGGCUUGCAAAAUUGUGGACCUUGGUUACUGCUUGUGGUUAGUUCAGAGAAAGUUAAAUUUUGAGCCCUGGAUUUCGACAAUAUGCUAAGUCAGUUCCUGGCUUAUCUCAGUAAAGCAAGGGAGCAAACUAACCAGGGAGGAGCAAAACAGCCACAAUCUCCUUCCCAGGAGCCUGCAGGUUCUCACUAAACCAUCAUUUGGCUUAUCGUAAUGUGUGAACCAGAACUCUUGUUCUCUGGCUCCUGGUACAAAAGUGCUGCCUAGUCACUGACAUUCUGAAGCUGUGAGGAUUUCUAGCAGCAGAAAGAGAAAAGAGUUAAGAUUGCAGUUAUUUCUAGGAAGAUAAAUAUUUGGGGGUCAGGAGAAGAGACAUGGGAUUUGGGAUAUUUUGAAACCGGGUGUGGGUUACAGAGAUCAUGUAUAAAACUCAUGAAUGGAACACAUCUUCAUUAUUCUGCUGUAGACACUUUCUUUUUGCCUAUAUAUUUCUUGAACAUUCUGUUCAUUUGAAGUUAACUAAGGCUGCUUUUCUGAUAUUUUGCGGAAUUCCAUGUCACACUCUUCCAUUCGUUCUGCCUGCGCAAGCAUUAUAGCUUGCUAGAUGCAGCAAUGCCCCUUUCCCCUGUGCAAUGUUAUGGUCAUGUCCCAACCCUUCCAGAGUCAAUUUUGGAGGGAAGGGGGGGGAGCCCCAUUGUGCAUGCAGAAGUCCUUGCACAGGGCUUCUGUUGACAGAGUUGGUUAGCUGAAUCCCAUCCUUUGCUUUGUUUAACUUUGUGUUAGGAUGGCAGUUCAUAACCCCCUUUUUUUUUAAAGCACCAGGUCUUUUUAUCAGGUCAUGUUUAGUGCUAAUAAUACUGGUAAAUUUGUACAUCCUAAGAAGUAAUUUUAUACUGUUGCAGUAGGAAAACACACUCUCUCCUUUCCAGAUGCUACUGUCUUCUUUUCUCAUCAUUCCACUUAAUAUCUAUUUUCCAGAUUUUUCCAAAGGCCAAGUGCAAGAUUUGUCGUAGAGCAAGAAUUGGAAGCUAAUCACCUGAUUCCUAGUUGGUGCUUUAAUAGCCAGACUGUUCCUGUCAUUCACACUAGAAGGUAAAUAUUAUACCACAGCAGAAACCUUAUUUUUGAAUCCAGAUGUUCCUUGUAUCUUUAUAGAUAAUUACCAUUUUUUUUAAAUUCAGAGAUGAGGUUUAUAGUGCCACCUGGAGGUUUAACAAGCAAAUCUUCCAUAGAAAUAUUAAGUGCAAUUCUGUGAUGAAUUCUAAAUUUGCCUUUAACUAAUACCAUACUGGCCUAGGGCUUGCCAAGCAGAAGGUUGGCGGUUCGAAUCCCCGCAAUGAGGUGAGUUCCUGUUGCUCGGUCCCUGCUCCUGCCAACCUAGCAGUUUGAAAACACGUCAAAGUACAAGUAGAUAAAUACAUACUGCUCUGGCGGGAAGGUAAACAGCGUUUCUGUGCUCUGGUUCGCCAGAAAGUGGCUUAGUCAUGCUGGCCACAUGACCCAGAAGCUGUACGCCAGCUCCCUCGGCCAGUAAAGCGAUAUGAGUGCCGCAACCCCAGAGUUGUCCGCGACUGGACCUAACAGUCAGGGGUCCCUUUACCUUUACUUUGCACAGUACUACAAAUAGGACUGUGUAGAUGCAUAUGGAAUACGUGCCCACACUCUCAUCCCUCGACUAAAGUUUAUAUAACUUUUCACCUGUUUUGAAAGAGAAAGAAAAUGUUUUGUUGCUCAGUUUUCAUUUUACAACUGCAGAGAGGACAGUGAUAUUUAAUUCAGAAUAGUGCGUACUCCUGACAAGAUUGUGCCCAUAGGGUGGUUGGGAGAAAGUAGAACUAGCAAUUGGUCUUCAGCUGAUGGCAGUAAGUAAUAAGUGCCUUUGCGGAGGCUGCGUAUUGCACCAAAGCUGAGUGGUCAGACAUCCUCCAGAACCUUGGACAAUUCUUAGAGACCAAACAACUUGUUCUGAUGGGUUCCUAGUUCCAGACAAGCACUUACAUACUCGGUCUGUUAUGUUCACUAUGUAUCCUACGGUCAAUCUCCUUCCUGAGGGGUGGAAAGCUUUAAAAGGGCAGUCUCUAAUAAUUUCAUUCUAUGUGUUUUAGGAAACAGGCAUUGCAGCGAGUUACACUCUUGGUAGCAAGAGCUCCGGGGUACCAGGGGUUACUUUCUCCACCAGGCCAAGCUCAGGGGGUGGUGUUGAGGCCUAGGGACAUCACCCCUGCAACUUCUGUCAUUGGUGCUUCAGACAUAGCUGGCCCCUCUCGUCAGUACCUGGGUUGCUGCUUGUAGUUGGGUUCAUGAAAGACCACAGAGCGGUUCCUUGAGCUCCUCUGCCUGUCCCCUGUUCUGCUGGCAAUCUGCUCUGUGACUUCUGAAUUAAGCCUAGGGGGUUCCCCUCUCCCUUCAAUAAUUUACGUUAUGUUUAUCCAUCAAAUAAUUUAUUAGCUGUGCAGUAGAUAAAUACUGAUUUUAAAACGUGUUUGACUUUUUCACCACACAAUUUCAGCUCGUGUUUUAUUCUCAUCUAUUCUAGUUUAAUGUAAAAUGGAAUUACCAGUAGUUUUCUGUUCACUGUCAACUCUGCUGAGUUGGCUCUUCCAUUUGUCCACUAGAGGUCAGUCCUCUUCUGAUACUAAAUCCACCAUUAAACAGUUCUGCAACCAGCAUCCAAAUGCAGAGGAAGAUAGCUGCAUAAUCAUACGCCAGAACAGAAGAGUACAUAGAUUUUGCCACUAAGACUCCUGAGCAGGAAUUAUAAUAUUCGGAUUAAAAACCUUUCCUGCAAAUUAUAUAUAUAUAUAUUCUGAUAAAAUGUUUAUUCAUAUAAAAUGUUGCUUGAUAAUCCAUCCUGUUUAACAUUUCAUCACCUGAAAUGUGAUCAUUCGUCUGAAAUCAGUGCUUAUUGUUUUCAUUCUGAUGAAGAAGAUUAUAGUUCAUGAAAGAUUUGUGGAGCUGGCAUAGAAUAAUCUUGGGGCUGCCAGUCCCAAAAAUUUGAAAAUCAUAAGAUAGCCUUUAGAAGAGGUUUUUUUAAUCCGACUCAGAUUUUUGUUACUUUAUGUAUUUUAGUUUUGAACCUUCCUUGUAUAGAUUAAUUGCUUUUUCUACACCCCGAUCGUUUCAUUAAAUCUGGGCACUUUUCAUGAUUUUGGAAUUUUUCAGUGUACAGCUAGAAAUUUGAUAGUUUUAAAAAUAACUUGUCUGAUAUUCUUUGGCUACAACUGCUGUAAACAAAGCUUUCUCUUUUAUAAUCUACCCACAAAGGUUUGAGAACUAGUAUAGAAUAUAACUACACAUAGCUCCAGAGAUGUUAGGUGCAAUAUUUAUUUCAAAACAUAGGUAUAAUGGUAUGGGGUUGCUUGUGCGUAAGUUGCCGCCUCUCCUGGCUAUGUUGCCUUGUUAAACCUUUCUGUCUGGACAGCCCUUCAAUUCGUGGCUGCCUCAGUCGCUAGCAGAAUCCGUCAGUGGGCGUUUCUUAAACCUUUUCCAACAUAAAAGUUGUUUGACACCCAGUCUCCUCCUACUUUCUCUGCACGGAAGUCUUCUGCGCAGGGAGGGCGUGGGUAGUGGAGGACCAGUGCUCUCCCCGCUGGUGUCCGGUGAAGAGUCUGGGAGCCCUCUCUCCGAUUCCCCCAUCUGCCCCUCCUUAUUCCUGGUGUUGCACUGAAUUGCUUCCCCAUCUGCUGAGCUGCCUCUCUCCCUGCUGGGCCCUUCUCCAGCAUCAUUAGAGAGCCUCCCCUCCACCUCUAGCUCCGAUGUCAGUUCCCUGACAAUAGCAGACACAAAUUAUACCUUUAAGUGUACCAGCACACCUUGUUCUAGGAGUGUAUGGGGUUCUUUUUUUGCAGAAUGCACAACCCAGAGUUUUUCUGCUUGGCCAUUAUAGUUUAUCAUGUUAAAGUUAAGAGUGUUUGUACAAAUAACCAAACUAAAAAACUUUGGACUUUGUGCCCGUUGUUCUGGGAAUAAGACAAAAUGUUUCGCAGUAUUUCUUGACAUCUUGAAAAACUGAGUGAUCCCCACCAAGAAAAAAGAAGGGCGAGCUUUCGAAAGCUUAUUAACGUAAUUACCUUUGACUCGUAUGUAUAAUAAGUAUCAUUCCUUGUUACAGAAAGGUCAGGUGCAAUUGCAUCGGAUGGCUUGCUUUCUAGCCUGUAUGUCCAUUGCGGAACUACAGAAUGCUUGGUGCCGAUUCAUACUACCUGUCCACAGAGUGGGGGUUAUAUGUAAAAGAUUUGAGAAUUUUAAAAAUCCAACCUAAAAGAGAAUUGGACAAAUUCAUGUAGAUUAAGGCUGCCAAUGGCUCCUAGCCAGGAUGGGUAUGUUAUACCAACAGUAUAUGCCUCUGAGUACCAGUGGCUGGGAAUCACAACUGAAGAGGGUACAGUUGGACUCAGGUUCUGCUUGUGGCUUUAUGGGCAUCUAGUUGGCCACUUUGAGAACAGGAUGCUGGAUAGUAUGGGCCUUUGGUCUGAUCCAGCAGUGCUCUUCUUAUGUUCUUAUGCUCUUACCCUUCAAGUGCAGAGAACCAGCUUUUUCUCAGGGCAGGCAUUUCCCCAGUAUUCUUCCUUUGACUAGUACUUCCCUUAGGGGAUCUCAAUGGAAUAAACAAGAUAGACUUAUAACAAGUUUGUCAAGUUCCACAAUUUACAGGCGUUUCUGAAAGCAACACAUGGGAGUUUAAUUUGUGUUGCUGACCUUUCAGCAUUGUGACACAUCAGUUUUCUCUAAUAAUUAUUUGAUGAGACAUGAGUCUCAUUUAAGUUUAAAAUGGCAAAAUGUUAUAUGGAGCCUAACAGGGUUGGGGCUUGAACCUUUUGAUUCAGGGUGGUAUAGCCUAGCUCAGGGGUCAGCAACCUUUUUCAGCCGUGGGCCAGUCCACCAUCCCUCAGAUCAUGUGGGGGGCCGGACUAUAUUUUUUGGGGGGAGGGAAGUGAACAAAUUUCUAUGCUCCACAAAUAACCCAGAGAUGCAUUUUAAAUAAAAGCACACAUUCUACUCAUGUAAAAACACGCUGAUUCCCAGACCGUCUGCAGGCCGGAUUGAGAAGUCGAUUGGGCUGCAUUUGGCCCCUGGGCCUUAGGUUGCCUACCCCUGGCCUAGCUGCUCAUUGGACACAGUUUUCUAGAAGUUUUUACAUAAGGGAGAGAGGCUGGUGGUCAACUGGCCAAAUGUCCAGGGAAUGACAAGAUUAUACUCCGCAGAGAAUUUUCCUGGAGUGCCUGUCUUUGUCCUGCUGCCUGAGCUCCUUAAUCCUAGUCUCUCUGCAUGCCAUUUUUGGUAUUCCCAAAUUCAGUUUUUACCAGCUCAUAUAAAAUCUGCCUGUUAACGCAGCUUUGCAACUAAUAAUAGAAGGAGCAGCCAGUCUCCUAUUAUCUGAUAAAGCCCCUCGGCUUCCCUCUGUAGUGAUAGCAACACUUAGAAGGGAGCCAGACCAGAGAAAACUACAUAUACAAUCUGCCAUGGUCUGGUGAAGUAUUAUAGUUCUGUUGCUAAAGGGCAUUUGUUCAUUGCAACCAGUGGGACAAGCAGCAAACUUUAAAAAUCCUGGGAUUUUGCAAAAUGUAUUUUUGAUGAGGAGAUGACAUCCCGUGACGCGUGACACAUUUUCUUCUAUUAACCAACAUUGUGUAAAAUAAAAAUUUUGAAACCUGAACUUUCCACCUACACUAAAUCAUGGAUUGUGGAUGACAAGACUAGUGAGUAUGAACAGGAAAUGGUUGUGAAAGCACUGUGCAAAUAGCAAUGAACGAAACUGGUAACAUGUAAAAAAAAGUUUCAUGUAAAGAUUGUCAGAGGGACCUUCAAAAGAGGACAUUACCAGAACGGCUUUCACAGAUACUUAGAAAGGAGUAGAAAUUUUACUAUUUCUAUGAGAAGGCAAAUGUACACAUCAAACCCGCUCCUUAAAUAGAGUUUUUGGAAAGUAACUAACUAAACUCAGAAUCUCCUUACCUUUUACCUUUACCUUAAUGUCUUGGAACACCUUAAGAAUGAAAACUGCCAAUCUUAUAUGGUAAUAACAACAACUGCUAAAGCAGACUGAACUAGAUUCCAUUCCUUUCUGUUAUUGUCAGCAGAACUGUUUACCCGAUCCAGGAGUUUAGUAAUAGCACUGCACAGGUGUCUGCAUUCAUAACUGAAAGACCACAAAAUGCCACUGAAGGAAUUAGUUUGCCUGCAGAACAUUUAUGGGGAAAGAAUGAGAGAACAAGAGUUUAGUCUAGACUAGAAAGCUUGUGUGGCUUGCCUCCCCCCCCCCCUUUAAAAAAGCACUCUUAAACUUACCCUGCAUGCCAGUUUGUGAAUAAGCUGUCUUUAAUUGUGCAGGGGAAAUGAUCUUUUCCCAUUCUUACUUUAUACAGUAUCUGGAAAAGGUUGCUUCACUGUGAAUUGGAGACCUAGACUAGUUCGUGAUCAGUUAUUGGAGUACCGUAUGUCUUGUCCUUCUGGUUAAAGGGAAAUACAGUGGUACCUCGGUUUUCAAACAUAAUCCAUUCCGGAAGACCAUUCAACUUCUGAAAAGCAUUCGAAAACCGAAGCAGUUACUUCCGAGUUUUUGGCAUUCGAAAACUUUCGACUUUUGAGACAUUCGAAAACCGACAUACCACUGUAGUUAAAAGUUGAUUUCAAUGAAAAGGGGGUGAGGUGCAGAGAGAGAGAGAGAGAGAUCAUGGGCAUGGCAAGAUGGUUAGUAUUUCAUAUUCAGUAAGCUUUUCAUUAAAAAAAACUCAGGCAGGAGUGAAAUAAGGGAAGACAGGGAUAAUACAUCUAGCAGAAUUUUUUGCCUCUUGAAACAUGAUUUUUAUAGACUUCAGGCUGCCUUUUUCCUCUUGGGGUCCAGCAACUCUGCUAAGUCCCACUCAGUGUAGAGUCAUUGAAAUAAAUGAACGUAAGUUAGUUGUGAUUAUUAACUUCAGUGGGUCUACUCUGAGUAGGUCUAACAUCAAAUACUGCCCUAUAUAAUCUCCUUGCUGUAGACUAUUUUAGUAUUUCUGAGGAAAAGGCUGAGGUGUGUGUGUGUGUUGCAUCCUCCUUUUUUAUUCUGGAAAGAUUAUUUAUUAAUAUUUAUGAUGUUUAAAGUGACAUACAUUUUCUAGGCACUGUGGGCCUCCAAUUUCAUGACACCAGGAUGAAUGUUUCCUAUGGCAGUCUUCUGAAAACUAAUUGUCUGAUUUGGAAUUGAGAAGCCAUUUCGCUCUGGUCAUUGUGGUUUAGCUCACAAAGAGUUUUUGCUUUCUGCAUGUGUUUUAUGCCACAUAUUUUCUGUCUUAGAGAUACUUUUUCUGUAGUGUAUCUUGGCCCCAUCUGUUUUCUGUUUCUGGCAAAUAAAUUAUGGGAGAUGUUGCCUAGUUUGUUAGAGACAUUUGCAUAUAGAGCACUUAGGCUCCAUACCAGAGUUUGGUCCAGAUAGCCUUUUGAAGCUCAGAGCUUCACUGGAAAUUGUUUCAAGAAACAUACAAAUGCUUCAGGGAUCUAUGAUAAUGGAUUGUGUAAUGGAUUCAGGGAUCCAUGGAAUGGGAAGCUAAACUGUUAUGGUGGCAGUUGCCCUUUGGGAACACAAAUGAGUUUUGGGAUUGUCUAGGACAAAAUGGGCACGGGCACAAUAUUGGUAUUCUUAAUUGUAGGGUCCAGUUACAUUUUAAUUUGGCUUGAGCUCUGGUUAGUCAUAGAUCACGAGCUCAGUCUUCUAUGAGCAAUGAAGUAUGUAGUCCUUGCAAACAAUAGACUGCAACUUUCUAAGGAUAAACAAAUUAGUCAUUAGUAAGACUCUGUAGCUGGCAAUUAAACAUGGAGAAUAUACAGUAACUAGCAUAAUAAGCUUAUUAGUGAAAGGUUUUGUUAAAGUAGAGCUAUUAAGUUCUUUUUUAAAUAUUGCGUGUAUCCUUGGGGUGCAUGAAUUUAGGUACAAUAAGUGGAUAGGCAGAUGGUUUGAAAUGCCAGCAUUUAGUUAAGAAAAUAGCAAACAACUACUAUUAGACAGUACGGUGACAGCCACUGUGUUAGUCACACUCAGAGGCUAUUUAAAUAAAUGGACAAGUUUACUCUUGAGUAUGACUCACAUUGGCUGGCACCCUGUUCGCCCUGUAUUUAAUAUACAAGAACUUUGUUUUUGAAAAAUCAUUUAGAAUUAUGAGAAUAUCGCUGAGCAUUGUAGCCUUAAACUUAGAUGUAUUCUUUAUAAAGUAGUUACCAGACUAGGAUUUCACUAUCAGUGGGAAUAUGUUGAAUAUCUUCUCCAGGUCCAUUGUUUCUGCUGCACAUUUGUUAGUUGUCUUUGGCAUACUAAAAAAACAAAAAACAAACCCAGUGUUCAGUUGUUGCCAUCUUGUAUUCAGGGGCGUCUAUGUGACAUACAUAAAUUAAACAGUUUUUCAACAAUGCCACGCCUCCUCCACCCCAGUAGCCAAAGGUAUUGGUGCCAUGAGAGUGCUGGAACUUCUGUGCUUCAGGUCUCCAAGCCCCAUAAAGAGCUACAUUUCCUUGGGGCGAAGCUCUACACUAGUUCUCCUCGAAGGAGGGGAUUUGGGUUUAUGAGGAGAGAUGGGAGUGUGAUAGUCUGCCGAGGACAUCUUUUUGCCACACCUUGGUUUGGGGGAACUGUUGGUCUGAAAAGAAGUGUGCAGCCCACAUUGGAUGGGAUUGCAAAUGCCGGUUCACAUGUCACAGUUGAGAGGUGUUGCACUUCUUACCACAUCCACCUUUUUGUGACUUCUUAUUGCUAGAUUGGCGGUUUUAAAUUUGUUUUGUUUUUUUUUAUGUAAUUGCUUUUUAUGAUUUAUUUUGUAAGCUGCUUUGAAUUUUUUUCUUAGGAAAACUGGGGUACACACUUCAAAAAUAAAUGGUUUGGCAGCUGGCCAAUGAAGAACAUCAGAACUGAGCCAAUAUAUGUCUGGAAUUUGAUGUUAAAGUGGAAAAAAGUUAUAUUUUAAUCUACCAGUAAAGAUAGUUAGCCAUACUUUAUGGUUUCCUUCAGUCCUCUGCAUUCCACUCUUAGUGACAGCUGUUCAGUAGUCCAAAUUCAUUUGUAAAAGAAUGUGAGCUGAGCCUGGCUAUGGGGCUAUUAACUUUUGCUCAAAGGUCGAUUUGGAGCCAGGAAAGAGAAACUUGGAAGUAGUGCAGGGAGUAUUAAUGAAGCAGGAAAGGGUCACGGAAGUUUACAACAAAUGAAUGCAGGCAUUAAACAAAGAUAUUCAUAACCUCCAAAGGUUCUAUUCAAACCUUUUAAUUGUUUCAUAACAGAAUGAAUGUGGCCCAUUUAUUGAAUAAUACUUAAAAGUGGAAGAGAGAUUUUUGUUUGAAAUUGAGAGGUAGCUUGCAGAUUACAAGCCCUGUAAACAAGACGCAUCAGCCAGUUUAUAAGGGCUUCUUCACACUUCAUGCAACAGUCAUGACUUGUCGCAACUACAAUGGUGUUCUCUCGGUGUUUCUUUAGUAAACACAUGAAGGCUAGAUGCACAUCCCUAAAAGGUAAAGGAUGCACAACAGGGAGCAUCAGUUGACUAUAUCUUCAAGAAACGUGGAAUUUUGUUUGAGCCCUCACCCCCCCCAAUUGUUUGUUACAUAAAGUGUUGAACAGCAUUUAAUUCUUCUGAAUUGAGUGUAGCAAGUGUGGGUGUGUAUACACACAUGUAACAUAUGCACACAAGUACAGUCGUACCUUGGAAGCCGAACGCCUUGGCACUCGGAACGUUUUGGCUGCCGAACGCCGCAAACCCAGAAGUGAGUUCCAGUUUGCAAACGUUCUUUUGGAACCCGAACGUCCAAUUUUGGAACCCUGCAGCCAAUCAGAAGCCGCGUCUUGGUUUCCGAACAUUUUGGAAGUCGAAUGGACUUCCAGAACGGAUUCCAUUCAACUUCCAAGUUACAACUGUAAUGUAUCUCCUCACAAUCUCCACUUAGGAGUCCUUCCUGUAGCGUUUUUGUGUGUGUGUGCAUGUUCUUCAAAAAGGAUCAUUUCUUGUGAUUCCAAAUGACUGGACAACAUUCACAAAGGGAUUGUGAAUCAGGUGGGGCUUACAGCUAGUUGCAGCCAUUUUCCUGUUGAGAUGACCAGAGAAGCAUCUUCAUGCUUUUAGUACAAGAGAGAAUUUAAUGCAGCCUCCAGAGAGGUGCCUACCACAAGGUUUGCAAGUGACACUGUGGGAUUGGUUUCAUUUGAUGCAGCCUGAUGUCAUAGACAAAGUGUUUGCAUCUGUGCACCUAGCCAUAUGCUCCCUCAACUAUUGCCCCUCUUGGCUUAAUGUGGUGGCACCUGCCAUCUUUUUACAGUCUUUUUGGCACCUACUGAAGACCUUUCAACAUGCUCUUAAAAUGGAGGUUGUCAUCCCAGUUUUUACCUGCAUUAGAUUAUAUAUGUAAACAAUGUGUGUGUGUCAUUCAGUCACUUUGUGAUGCUUCAUGGGAAGCAAUUCAUAAAUAAACGCAGCUUUAUAUGGAACAGUACUGCGGUUUUUUUGUUUAACUGCACCUGCCAAGGUUCCUCAUCUGCAUGAGUUCGGGAACCCUGUCUUCCUUUGCAGCUGGAUACUCUCUUUUCUGAACUUCCCUUUCUUUAGGUGUUUCAUUUAGUGAACAGAUGGGGAGGAAGGAUGGCUUGUGAAUUAUAAGACAGAAGGGGAAAGUGGGAGUUCAUAGACUUAUUCUUGACUUCAGAGGUUUCCUGUGGAAUAAAAUGAGUCACUAAAUCUCUUCUUUAACUGGGUGGUUCCUGUCUGCUUGCCAGAAACUUGGUCAAGGGUUAAUUCAGGGAUACUCACUGGGCGCUGUGACAACUUUUGACUGGUGGGGCCACCUCCUUCCUGGCUGAGGGUUGUGUUAAGACCCCUGCUUUGAAAGAAUCAGCACCAGGUUCAUACAAGUUUUUAAGUCUUACACUGAAUCCACAGAUCAUUGGCUUCUUCUAAGCUUUUUGCUUUCAGACAGAAUCAAGUGAUCUUUAAAUGAGUGAGAGCUUUAAGUUUUUACGGUGGUGGUGAAGUGAAUAGACACUGAAAGAUGGUGUUUAAACGCUGAACACUAAAUUGCUUUGUUCUGUUCUUGCAGUCUGAAAUAUUGGUCUGUAAGAAGGAGGAGUAAGUAUUAAUAGCAUGAACAGUAACAUUUUGAAGAGUACACGAUCCUAUUUUUUGGAGAAAGAAUCACUUCUGCUCUGUCAGUCUGUGGUUUCGUCACUUCAGUAUUGCCUCAGUGAGUAAGCCUAGAAUGACCAAAUCAUGCUGAGUAAUGCAAGACCAGAAAUGGAGCGUGUGAAUUGCCUUAUAUGGAAAGGCUUAUGCUGCAAUCAUAAAGCAAUGUCAUCCAGAGGUUUUGAUUUUAUUUAUUUUUCGUUGGGGCUUGGCUGAUAAUCUUUCCAUUAAAGUUUAAACACAGGGGUCAUAAUCCAGCCAGAGUUAAGCACUUUCAGAUCUGCUGAGUUCAACGAAGGUGGCAUAUACUGAACCUAAAAAUAUUCAACUCAGGCUAGAUCAGGAAUCUGGACCAAGGUUCAUUCUGAGUGUUCAGAGAGCAGCUCACCUUUGAAAAAACCCAGAGAAGACAUAUGUUUUUGAGCAUAGUGCGCUGUUGGAGUUUCCCUGUUUUUGUGAAAUCUGCCACAGGAUUGUUUCUCACAGUUAUAGAAUAUUGUUGCUAUGCACAUUUUGAGACACUGUUAAUCCUCAAUGGAAAAGUUAGUGAGGAUGCAUUGGAUAGUGAGCGUCACAGCUGAUUUACCUUCCUGUAGCACCAUCCUGCUCUCUGAAAUAAUUAUGGCUGGGAAAGAGAACGCAGCACCAAAUCUGAACUGGGAGCAGAACCCCAUUCUCAUGCCUUGUGCCAUUGAGCCACUUACAGCAGAGAUACUGGAUCUCGUUUUUCCAUUGUUACCAAGUUAUCACUGCAAGUUGGCUUCAAAUCAGACCAAAGUGAAAGCUUGCAAUUAAUGGUAACUAUCUGUAGUCUUGUAUAUUUGUCUUUCGUUAGAACCCAGUUUCUAGUUAUUUGAUUUUAGAAAAGUUGUAUGAGCUAAACGUUUGUAAUUGUAGUGAAAAGCAAGGCUGCCCACAAAGCGACACAGGCACAAUCUCCUGCAUGCUUUGUCAUUGUGAGUUAAUUGCAUUUCACUCAGCAGGUAGCUUGUACAUUCAUGGUCUAAGAGAGUCAGUAAAAUAAGCUAGGCUGACCUUUAAUUACCUCAUUUGGAGCUUACCUUUUAAAUUUUGAAAUUUAAACCUACUGUGAGUGUUUUAAACAUUUGCACUGUGGCUUUGGGCAAAUUUCACAUAGUUUGUAAACAAAAGCAGAACAGUAUUCUAAAAUUAGUGCAUAUGAGAAAGAGAAAAAUACACCAAAUGCACAUCCCUGUGUAUGUGUCUUGCUGAACACAGUGCAGUUUAGUAUGUAAUAUUUGUUAGCUGUUCUGACAAGUAAAUAAAGAAAAAUAUGGAAUGGAAACUUGAAUUCUUCAUGUAUAGAAAAUCUUUCUCUAAAGGUUUCUUAAUUGAUAGAGUACAGUCAUACCUUGAGUUGAAUGCGCUUCGGAUUGAGCACGUUCAAGUUGCGCUCCGCGGCAACCCGGGGAUAAUGGAGCGCGUUACUUCUGGGUUUCGACUGCUCGCGCAUGCACAGAUGCUCAAAAUGACGCCAUGCGCGGAAGUGGCAAAACGCGACUCGUGCACGCGCAGACACGCCGCCGCAUCUUGCGUUCCGUUCGGGAUGCGAAUGGGGCUCCGGAACGGAUCCCGUUCGCAUCCCGAGGUACCACUGUAUAUGAAAAGAAAAAGAAAAGGCUUUAAUGUGUGAGCGAGUUUGAAAUGAUCUGGAAUUGCUUUGAAUUUCUGGGAAGAGCAAGUAAUUUUGUGGUGUUUUAGUGUUUAGAGUUUCACAAUCCAGGCUUCCAGCACUUGUUUUUUUGCUCUUUGAUUAUUAUUUUUAAGAGAAGAAGAGGAGGAACAAUUAUAAUGAGCAAUAGUUUAUGAUGCAUAUGACUAUUCAGCUCUUAUGCUAUAAAAUCAUAAUAUCAGCCUCUAGUUUGUCAUUUCCACAAAGCUUGUCUGGUCAGUUUUCCUCCAGUUGGACUGUAUAGUGAAAUUAGCAAAACACUUCCAAUGGGCACAGUGAAGUUAACUAAUGUUGGGUACAAAAACAUACCAUUAAACCAGUGCUUUUUUCUGGGGGUACGCAUACCCAUAAACAUUUUGUUAAUCUCUGUACUUUUGUCCAUCUACUGUAUUUAUUUUUCCCGGUUUGAACUAUAACAUGAUGAUUUUCUUGAGCCAAAAUGAGAGUACCCCUAAACGUGUUUUUUUAGGGGGGGAAGCACUGUGUUAAACUAUAAUUAAAAUAUCUGCUACUGGAUGUUUAAAAUGCACUAUUUGGCAGUUAUAGCUUUCUGGGCAAGUUGACUGACUAGAAUUUAUUACUGUAUAUCAUAAUUUCAAUUGGUGGGUAGGUAGCAGAUAGUAUGGGUUGUUAGAUUGAAUUCCUGUUCUUGAGUUCUGACUAAUGUAAUUACAUUGCAAUUGGCUCAAAGCCAAAUAUUUAUCUGAAAGUACACUUGCAUUUCUUCCUGCUGAAAACUGAUCUAAUUUCCACAGUAAUUGAGUCAUAUCUUUUGCUCUCAUGCUUCUUUCCCCUUCCUUUGAAAGGUGAAGUCAUAUGUACUUUGAGUAUCUACUCUAUAAAAUCUCCUAGGAAGUAUAUCAUUUAUAAAUAGUAGAAGAAGAAGGCUGUAGCUGAAGAGUUGGUUGGAUUAAUCCUCCACUCACUCCUUUUGUUUUCUUGGGGUUCAUGAGUCAUACCUCUUGCAAUGGCAAUAGAAGCCACAGGUACAGAAUUCUGUGAUUAGAAUAUAAACUCUAUACGUAGCAACUUGUGCCCUAUGGCCCAGAUAGCCAAGCCUGCUUCCUUCCUUCCUGCCAGUAGGGCUACAGCUAGUCUUACUUUCUCCUUGACUCUUCUCCCGCCCCACCCUUCAGCUCCCAUUUCCCACACCAUAGAAUUAUACAGUUGGAAGAGACCCCAAGGAUCAUCUAAUCCAAUCCCCUGCAAUGCAGGAAUACAGUGGUACCUUGGGUUACAUAGGCUUCAGGUUACACACUCCGCUAACCCAGAAAUAGUACCUCGGGUUAAGAACUUUGCUUCAGAAUGAGAACAGAAAUCAUGCUCCGACGGCGUGGCAGCAGCAGGAGGCCCCAUUAGCUAAAGUGGUACCUCAGGUUAAGAACAGUUUCAGGUUAAGAACGGACCUCCAGAACGAAUUAAGUUCUUAACCCGAGGUACCACUGUAUUCAGUUUGCCUAGGUAGGGUAAAAAGGUAAAGGACCCCUGGACGGUUAAGUCCAGUCAAAGGCAACUAUGGGGUUGUGGUGCUCAUCUCGCUUUCAGGCCGAGGGAACCAGCGUUUGUCCGCAGACAGCUUUCUGGGGCAUGUGGCCAGCAUGACUAAACUGCUUCUGGUGUGACGGAACACCAUGACGGAAACCAGAGCGCACCAAAACACUGUUUACCUUCCCCCCGCAGCAGUACCUAUUUAUCUACUUGCACUGGCGUGCUUUUGAACUGCUAAGUUGGCAGGAUCUGGGACAGAGUAACAGGAGCUCACCCUGUAAUGGGGAUUCAAACUGCCGACCUUCUGAUCAGCGACCCCUAGAGGCUCAGUGGUUUAGACCACAGCGCCACCCGUGUCCCCACCCGUGGCCUAUAUGGGGAUUGAACCCAUAUAACGGAAAAUAAAAUGGCUUCGGAAACUGAAUUGGAUCUUCAAAAACUGGCUUGAAAAAAUGUUCACAAAUAAGUCAGAACUGUUUUGUUUUGUUUAGGUUGUGGACUAGAUUGUUGGCAGCUAGUGUUUAAAAAUUCUUAGGAGAUAUAUUUUGUAAUAGUGAUAAUCCCGAAAAGUGUUUGUAUAAUUAAACUAUAAUGGAAGUAUCUGGCUUUGGAUGUUUAAAAUUUUUAGUUUGGUGUGCUUUUUAAAAUUCUGGCCACAUUGACUAGAGUUUAAUAUUUCGUAAAUUGAAGAGGUGUAAAGAGGUAGGGGUUUGUAUGGGUAUUAGACUAUUCUACCUUAAAUUGUUUAAUAUGUACCGUAUUUUUCGCUCCUAAAAAGUAAGGGGAAAUGUGUGUGUGUCUUAUGGAGCGAAUGCAGACAGGAAGCUCUGUCAGUGCUCCCUUUAAAGAGCCACACACACACUCCGCAUGCUCUUUAAAGGGAGUGCGGCUCUUGGGGGAGCCUUAGCCGUGCACAGCCUCUCCUGGGCAGGGGAUGAAGGCUCCCCUUGCCUGGGAGAGGCUGCGCGCAGCUAAAGAAGAAGCCAGGACAGCCAGCGCGCGGCUCUGUCCCUUCCCCCACCUCCCAGAAAAGCCCCCAAGAGCCGCGCUCCCUUUAAAGAGCGUGCGGCUCUUGUGGGAGGAAAGCCAGUACGCUUGCUUUCGCUGAAGCCCGGAGGGCAAGAGGGAUCGGUGCGCACCAAUCCCGCUUGCUCUCCUGGCUUCAGGGGUAGCCCCGCAAAGCCUCCUGAGUGAAGAUGGAGGAGCGCUCCCUCUUAGCUCAGGAUGCUUUGUGUUCCUUUCUUAUUUCUUGUUUUCCUCCCCUAAAAACUAGGUGCGUCCAAUCAUCCGGUGUGCCUAAUAGAGCAAAAAAUAUGGUAUUUGAAAAGCUAGAUACAAUACAGUGAAGCAAUGCCCUUUUAAGCCUUACUAGCUUUACAGUGCAAUCCUAUAUAGAUUCUUAUUCAUCCUGUUUUAAGUCCAGUGGAACUUGUUCCUACAUGAAUGUGCUUGGGAUUGCACUCUUAAAUUUUGUAAAAUUCCUUAGAAGCAGGACAUUGGAGACAUCUGUUUAAUUAAGAUUCCAACUAGAGAGUAUCGCAUGCAUUUCAGUUUCUUCCAUUGAAUUCAUUGGAAUGUUAAAGUGAUGAGCUUGGGAUGCAUUAUGCCCUGUGGUUUUAGAGUACUGGAGAAGUCGUGAAUGGGCACACAGCCAGAUUUUCUGCCCUGUGAAAGCAAUGUCUCCUUCUAAGUUGUUGUUGUUAUUGUUUUUAAUAGUGACAAGUCACUGUCUGGUAAUGUUCAUCCCCCUGACUCAACUGGCCAGAGAGUAGUAUAGUUAUACUGACUGUGUUACUGGUAGAAUUAUAAACUUACUGGUUCAGGGGCUGCCCUUGGGACAGUGGCAAGAGAACUUUGGCAGUGGGCAGUCGAAAUUCUGGUAAGGAGUCUUUUGAAGACCGUCCUGAUUACGCACACUGGGGCAGCCGGCAUUCAGACUUUUAUUUACUUAGUUUCACAACAGGAAAUGUGAUCUUGUUACAGGGGUUGUUUUUUUUGUCUGUGAACUGCAUGCACUCCUGAUUCUGUGGUACUCAAGCGUUUUACAUGCAUAGCUAGCAGAACCUCUAAAGCGAGUCAGUAAGAUUUUAACGUUUUAUCCUUUCCACACACAAAAAAUGUACAUGGUAUUAUGCAUUCUUCAGUGACUAAAGUUUUUGUUUUUGGAAAAACAAAACAAAACGGUUGCUCUGAGCAGCCUUAUCAUCCAUAUAUCUGGAAAUGAGCAAUUUCUGAUUAAUUGUCCGAAUUCCAGUGGUAAAAGCAGUUCAUUAGGUCAAAUGGUAGAGCUGCAGUACUUGGCAUAAUUUGACACCAUCCCUUCCUCCACUCCAUCACUCAUACCACUGCAAUAGCAUUAGCUCUGUAUGGGAUCCCAAUCAGCUCAGGGUCUCCUCUGCAGAACAGGACUACGGUUUUGCAAUAAAUGUAUUGUAUAGCCGUUUUCUAUGCCUCCAGUUUUAUAGUAAGUUUCAGCGGCAAGUGUACCCCUUAGAUCCCAAAUCUAACAAUGAUCUCAUUGUCCAAAUGCUGAGCUUUAUGUAGCCAAAAUGGCAGCAGCAUAUAUUGGUAGGUUUGAGAGAACUCCAUGUUUUGUGGAAUUACAAGCAAAUACUUUUUUUAAAAAAAAUUCCAACCCCCACUCCAAGCCAAAUGAGGAACAGCUUGAAAUGGUGAAAGUCUGUUUGGAGAGAGGCAAACUGGGCAGAGAGAAAAAAUGGAUUGGAAUGCUUUGGAAGACACCCCCCCCCCACAGAAUCUUGGGAAGUGUAGUUUGCUAAGAGUGCUGGGAACCAUAGCUAUUUGAGAGGUAAACUACAGUUCCCAGGGGAGAGGGGCUUUAAAUAUCUGGUAUGCAUACAGUCCUGGUUCCCCGUUUUGAGAGGGGUAGCCAUGUUAGGCUGCUCUAGCAAAAAGAACGAAUGAGUUUUGUGGCACCAUAAAAAAACUAAUCAUAGAAAGCAAACAAAAUAAAUGUGAUAGGCUUUAUGGUGCCACAAGGCUUUUUGUUCUAGUUCCCCACAUUUUUUAUGAAAUGAGUUUUUAUCAGAAGACCUUUAACCUAACAUGCCUAUCCUUUGCUGUUCAGGAUUAUGGAGGCAGCCAGUGACUCAGACAGAGCUGAAACUUCGGGUGUGGCGAGCUGCCAUCACAACUUGCGGCAUUGGUCUGGCAUGCAAGCUACGCAAAAGCUAUUGCACUGCACAAUUAGUGACCCUCGUGUAUGUCACCAUUAAGGCUGGGGUGUUUGCUUGCAGUAGUGAGCGCUCUUCUCUGGCUUUCUAAAGUGAACCAAGUUCAUCAGAUGAGAUUUCCUAACAAAAACAAAAAACAAAUUGAAAGUGGCCCUCCCUUCCCUUAUAAAUAACAGCAUGUCCUAUGCUGCAUUCCCUCUCACCUCCAACCCACAGAGAGAUUACUUUGCUAGGAAGGGGUAGGAACUGAAUUUGCUGCCAGGAAGCUUGGACGAUGACACAUUCGUGCAGUCUGGCACAAGCCGUUGCUGAGAUCUGAUACUCUAAUAGCCACCUACACUGCAGCUGAUCCCAUUAAUAAAUGUUCAUACUGCAGGACUUUGGAUUACAGUCCUCCCUCCCUUCUGGACACUAUUUCUCAUGGAUCAUACUGGCUGUGUACUUGUGUACAUGUUUUGUUAUGGAGCCCCUGCUCUUUUUCUAUAGGUGUCAUAUGCACAGAAUUGGCAUGUGUUCACAAGAAAAACUAGCUGUGCCAGUGUAGGUGGCUUUUAGAGUGCCAGUCUCAUAAUGAUCAAAAGGGGUAAAUGCAUCUAAUAAGUAAUAAAACAACAACUAAAAACAAGCAAGACAGAAAAAGGGGCUGGGUGAUAGUAAAGGUAAUGGGACCCCUGACCCUUAGGUCUAGUCACGGACCACUCUGGGGUUGCGGCACUUAUCUCGCUUUAUUGGCCGAGGGAGCUGGCGUACAGCUUCCGGGUCAUGUGGCCAGUAUGACUAAGCCACUUCUGGCGAACCAGAGCAGCACAUGGAAAUGCUGUUUUCCUUCCUGCUGGAGCGGUACCUAUUUAUCUACUUGCACUUUGGCGUGCUUUUGAACUGCUAGGUUGGCAGGAGCAGGGACCGAGCAACGGGAGCUCACCCCAUCACGGGGAUUUGAACUGCCGACCUUCCUAUCGGCAAGCCCUAGGCUCUGUGGUUUAACCCACAGCGCCACCCGUUUACUGCCUAAUUAAAAGUCAACAUGGUUUUUAGAGGGCCAAAACCUUAUUGCUGGAUUAGCUGAUCUUCUGCCGCUUGGACAAAACUUCAGUUUGUUAGCCCACAUAAAAUCCAUUACUAAUCUUGGAUGCCCAUUAAGAAUCUCCCCCUUGACUGAGUUGGACAUCUCAAUAAGGCUAUGACUUUUGAAGACAGCUCUGUAAUUCAGUAGGUUUACAACAUACAAAGUGUUAGUAUUACUGGGGGGGGGGGGGGAGCUGUAACAGAAUGCACUAUUGGGAAUAUAGUGAUGAAAAAAUAUUUUCAAAGCCUUAAGGGAUUUACACCUUACUGUAAACUGCAAAAGGGUGAAAGUACCAGCCUGAGCUCAGACUGAAUGUCUUUGUGCUGCAGUUUGGUUUUAGGAGUAGGGAUUUUUUGUCUUUGCCAGUCAGAGCCAGACUUGGUAUUGUUAUUGUUUUUCUGUGUUUUUUCUGUUUGCUUACACAAGAUGCAAGAAUCUUGUUUAUUACUUCAUAGAGUUUGGCUGUAACAGAGCAUCUACGCACGUAACUAUCAGUAAACAUUUUAGUAUUUGGCACCAUUUCAGAUAUAACCUUGAAAUCUGUUCAGGAAUUGCAUUUAGCCACUCAUAUGCCAUUGCAGAGGCUGUCAUGUGCUACUGUGGUCAGGCUUUGGCUAAACACGAUGAUCAAAGUCUUGACGAUUCAUUGGAAGGCAGCCAGUCGUAGGAUUGUUAAAACCCUGUGACUCAGUUGCUGCUUUGAACUCUUGUUCUCGGCUAUGCAGUCAAGUCUAAAAGUGAGGAACAAUACUGUUUGGAUUGGCUAAAGAAAAGGGAUUUGAUUUUUUUUUAAAAAAACACCAUAGUAUCUUUCUUCUGCUUUUGAAUCACUUAUAUUCUCACAUCACUGCAGAUUUCCAACACAGAGACACCUUCUGUAGAUGUAUUUAGAGCUUAGAAUUUAGAAAAAAAUACAUGGUAUUUUGAAAAAUGCCUUUGAAAUAUUUGAGUUCUGAAGAGGUCCUUUGCAGCAUGGGACCAGAUAAUAAUCUAGGGAUAGUAAUUAGUGGUGGAACCGCCAGGUGAUGUUGGAAAUACAACUCCCAUGACCAUUGGCCACCCUGUCUGGGGUUGACAAAAGUUAAAGAGUCCAGCAUCUAGAGGGCCACACAGCUUUCCCAUCCCUGGAAUAAACACUGAUGAGCAUUACUUUGAAUCAGUUUUAGCACUGUCAUUUUCUGAAGGAACACAGAUUUAAAUGGGGGGAAGUGGGUCUAUUAGAACUUGAAUAUUGAAAAGAUAAGUAGAAACAAAGUUGUGCAUUUGAGCAAAUGAUUAAGAUAAUAAAGUGCUGUUAGCGUGAUCUGCCACAUUCACCCCAAACCUUAAAAAGGAAAGGAAGUAAUAUUUCUGCUUUGGAUUGUGAAGGGGAGGAAAAGGUGAGGAAUUCAGUGUACAGUGGUACCUCAGGUUAAGAACUUAAUUUGUUCUGGAGGUCCAUUCUUAACCUGAAACUGUUCUUAACCUGAGGCACCACUUUAGGUAACGGGGCCUCCCACUGCCGCCGCGCUGCCAGCGCACAAUUUCUGUUCUCAUCCUGAAGUAAAGUUCUUAACCUGAGGUACUACUUCCAGGUUAGCGGAGUCUGUAACCUGAAGCAUCUGUAACCUGAAGCGUCUGUAACCCGAGGUACCACUGUAUAUAGAAAUGUACCUGGGACUUUAAUGCUACCAUUUGUUUGGAGAGCAAGUAGAGAUGCAGGAACUCACUCCACAUAGCACAUCCCCUGCUCCCUGAUGAGAGGUGAGGUGGGGGGGAGUGCUGGACUACGACUUUGGAGACGUGGGUUCAGAUCCCCACUCAGCCUUAACGCUCACUGGGUGACCUUGGGCCAGUCACAGUCUCUCAGCUUAACCUACCUCACAGGGUUGUUGUGACAGAGAAACUGGAGAAGGGGAGAAGUGUGUAUACCACUUUGAGCUCCUUGGAGAAAAGUCAUACCUUGGAAGUUGAAUGGAAUCCAUUCCAAAAGUCCGUUUGACUUCCAAAACCGAAGUGUAGCUGCAGGAAGCUCCUGCAGCCAAUCGGAAGCCGCAGAAGCCACGCUGGACGUUCAGCUUCCAAAAAUCGUUUGAAAACCGGAAUAUUCACUUCUGGUUUUCGAUCAUUCAGGAGCCAAAACGUACGAGUUCCAAGGCAUUCGGCAACCAAGGUAUGACUGUAAAUUAUUUUUAAAAAGAUGAAAUUGUUCUAUUCCUCUUAAUUGAUACUGGCACAAGCAGAUGUGGGCAGAUGAAAUCAUGGGGAUCCCAACCCUAAUUUCACAGGGGAGCAACUGAAGAAUAAAACGCUUUGUACAUUCAUGUCGUAGAACUAUUGCUAUUGAUGAUAAUGAUGACAUAUUGUCCCUUCUUAUUUUUUUAAGGUAGUGGAACAAGUAGAUCUUAAACAGAAGUCAAAUUCCCUUGGUAGUUUCCCUCUGUAACACGUUUGAAAAUGAAAAUGUCUGUGGUUAUGAACUGGAAUAGCUGUUAAACUGAAAAUUUAUGUCUAUAAACCCAACAUUCCCAAUAGUUUUUGCUGCUUUAUUUACUGUACUGUGAAAUCAUUUUUUCUUUCCAGCUUAGUAGCAACCACAGAUCAAAGACCAUUUGAACAGAUGGAUUUUCUGAACAACCAUCGCCAGUGUUAAUCAGAAACCAUUGUUGAUAUGUAGAAAAAUAACCAGUUGGCUUUUCUUUACAGUGCUUGA